AGGAAAGGUUCGCGCGGCCGGCUCGCCUUCUCCCGGCCUGGGCGCGCAGCAGCCCUCCUUCCCUGCUGGCCCGCUCCGUCCGGCCCUCCUUCCCCUCCCCGCCAAGGCGGGCGCGCAGGAAACCGGGGCCGCGCGGCAGACAGCCUCUUCCUGGGGCUUUAGGUAACGUCUCGCCAAGCGCCGCGGGCAGCAGCAGCAACCCAGCCUUCGCGGCCCUCCGCCGAUCGCCCCACCCAAGCAGCCGUCCGCCGGGGCUGCUGAGCCGGGCGCGCACGUCGGAGGAGCGGGCCGCUGCGCGCUGCUGCUGCUGCUGCUGGCGGAGGCGAAGAUGGCGCGCCCGGGGAGCGGAGGGGCUCUCCUCCUCGGCGCCGCCGCCCUGCUGCUGGCCGCGGGCAGCCUGGCGUCGGGAGCCCGCCAGGAGAAGGACGUCGGAGGAGGAGGGCACGGAGGCGGCGGGCCAGGGGAGCGGCCCUCGUCGUGCCACGGCGCCUUCGAUCUCUACUUCGUCCUGGACAAGUAAGUGCCUUGCCGUCGGGGCUCUCCAAGAAGAAGCCUCCUCCCCAAAGUGCCCUGGGCGCUUACUCCCGAGUAGUCCGUCCUCCCAGCGGGGCUGGCUCCCGAGGAAGCCGUCGUGGGCUUGCAGCCUCCCGGUGUGGGUUUCGUCCGGAGAGUUGCUCGCAAAACGCACCGUCGUUUUGUGUUGGAGCAACGUCCGCUGCGGGGAAGGGUGCAAGCUUCGGGGUUGCACCGAAGUGCGUGACAAGGUCGUCGGGCUGCCCAGACGCCAGCCUAACAGCCUAACAGGGGCAAAUUGUACUCUUUUUCUGCCAGCUGAAGUUACUCCAGGGUCGUUGUCUUGCAAAUCCGCACCUCUUUGUUGUACCUUGUUGCAACCCGAGGGCAAUUGCGCCCCCUCCUCUCCCCUAUACAUCAGCUGCACAGAGGCCCUACAGAGAGAGUUGAAAAGUGCUAUUGAUGAAAGCGUAGCAGUCGUGGUUAUUCCCUCCUCGUUGCUGAUGUUGUUGUACAGAGGCGUUCAUCUUCUGCCAGACCGGAUUGAAUGGCCAGACUUUUUGCCAGUUUUCUGGUCAUUGUGAGGAAGAACCAUCACAAACAGAAAUCCAAGCAGCACAAAGUAGGUUCGGCAGAAAGAGCAUUUAAAAAGCACGAUCCCAAGGAAAUGGGUUCAUUUCCAGCAAUUCUCCAAGAGGCCAAGUUUUGGCCAGAUGUGAAGACUUCUGUGUGCACUGUCAGCAGUGGCGUAGCGUGGGGGGUGCAGGGGGGGCCGGCCGCACCGGGCGCAACAUCUGGGGGUUAGGGUUAGGGGGCGCAAAUCCACGGGUUAGGGGGCGCAAAUUACUUGCCUUGCCCCGGGUGCUGACAACCCACGCUACGCCACUGACUGUCAGUGCAUGACGGUCUGCAUUGAACUGCACCUGGAUCGAGUUCCGGGUCUCCCUCAUAGUUUGGCACUGAGCAACGCUGCUUUUAUUGCAUAUAAAGAUUAAUAUUCAGACUUGCUAAGCGACUUAACAGCCUAAGUGAAAAUACGUUAGCUCUGAAAAUUGUUCUUUGCUCGAGCAAGUAUGGAGCUCAGACAAAGAAUGUUUCACUUCCUAGCAUGCACAUUAUGGAGGGACGCGGGUGGUUCUGUAGGUUAAACCACAGAGCCUAGGGCUUGCCGAUCAGAAGGUCGGCGGUUCGAAUCCCCGUGACGGGGUGAGCUCCCGUUGCUCGGUCCCUGCUCCUGCCAACCUAGCAGUUCAAAAGCACUUCAAAGUGCAAGUAGAUAAAUAGGUACCACUCCAGCGGGAAGGUAAACAGUGUUUCCGUGUGCUGCUCUGGUUUCGCCAGAAGCGCCUUAGUCAUGCUGGCCACAUUACCCAGAAGCUGUACGCCGGCUCCCUCGGCCUGUAAAGCGAGAUGAGCACCGCAACCCCAGAGUCGGUCACGACUGGACCUAAUGGUCAGGGGUCCCUUUACCUUUACUUUAUGCACAUCAUGAGCUAAAAGCAUUUCUCCUUGGGAGAAAUCGGUUCUGUGGACCCCAUGAACAAAUAGCUUGCAAGUCUUUAACUCUGCCAUGCGUUUAAGCCGCUCUGUUUAGAACCAUGACUGAAAAAUAUAGCAGCCGAUGGAACAGACCUCCAGCAGCGACAGCUUAAAUUGUCUAACUAAUCACCAAACAAACCCACAAAAUUAAGAGAAGCCAAAAGAGUUGAUUGUCACGCAGUUGAUGAAAACAACCGAGACAGCUUCAUUUCUCUUAAUGCUGAGUGGCAAUUUAAAAUACAUAUAUUCCAUACAAACUGUCACUGUUGUUCAAGAUCCUCCGAAAAUGAUACAGUAAUGGCAAGCCGGUGGUCAGUUUAUGCUGGCCUAGCAUACCUAGGUGUAAUAUAGAAUCGUAGAAUCAUAGAAUUGUAGAGUUGGGAGGGACCCCAGGGGUCAUCUAUUCCAACCCCCUUUUGCCCAACGUGGGGCUCGAAGCCACGACCCAGUUGUGUGCUAUCUGUACAUGAAGCGUGUGAUGGAGGGAGCUAGUCUGUGCAUGGCGACAAAGAAAGGUUUCCAUAAUUUCGCUGCCCCUCGCUACAGGCUAAGCACACCGGUGUCUGUAGAGACAGAUACCACAGUGCUGUGAGUCAUUGUGGCGUAGGCAGCAAACAGCCAGCGGCUCUUUUUAAAACGAUCUUUUUAAGUUUUCAGCAGAGAGAUUCCCGUGUGUGUUGCUCAGCUCCCAGUCUGAAUCAUUGGGUAGAACUGAUUUAUAGACUGUCCAACUCAACAAAGGGCACAGAAGGUGCGGAUUUAACAGACACGGGGAAAGAAAAGAGAGACCGGAAAAGAGAGACCCCCGUUACAUGGAUUGUCAGUCAAAGCAAAAAUGCUGUUGAAAUCAGCGAGGUUUACUUCUGAGUAGACAUAUUUAGGAUGGCAGUAAAAAAAAAUCUACUGGAGCUCUUUACCUUUCUCUUUCCAAAUGGGGAUAAUAAAACGUAAACCAGCAACUUUCUAAUAAGACUGUUAUGUUCACCAUUGAAAGCAGCAAUUAUUCAUUUCUGCGUUUCCUUUCUUUUUAAUAAUGCUUAGCAUUCAUGUAUAUUUUAUUAUACUUCACCAAGUUGGUGAAGUAAGCCAGUGUCAUUCUGUCACUAAGUUGGGGUGAAACCAUCCUACCGUCUCCAGGGGCCUUAUUUGCUCCCCCAACCUCCUAUUACAGUUAAUUUGUUUCAUAGGGAGGAGUCCAGCGCAGUGCGAACGUUACAGCAGAGUGGAGAUUUCUGCUUGUACAAUGGACCAUUCUCCCCUCUCCUCCCUGUCUCCCGCAUGCCCCAUGAAUCUCUUCUUGGGGUUUCCAUGAUACUCUGGAGCAGAUUUGCAGGGGGCGGGACCACAAGAGUCAUCUAGUCCACCCCCUUGCAAUGCAGAAAUCAAUAAUAAUAAUAAUAAAUAAAUAAAUAAAUAAAUAAAUUAACACCAGAGUGGGAGAUAGCGUCCUUGCAACUGAUGCAAUUUUAUUUUAUGCAUCUGUGUUCAUUUGUUGUUUUUAUGUAUGCAAUUGGUGUAUAUUUGUGUCCUUCGAUGUAUUCUCUGCUUCCCACCGGUUUGUUAAGCUUGUGUGAAUGCUCAGCCGUCCAUAAAUGAAACCACAAUAGCUUAAUGUUAUUGUGGUGUGUCACUGACUGUUUUGCUCUAGCCAAUUUCAGUGUUAAUUUGCACCAGGCUUUCAGGGCUUUGAAUGGUAAUGGGGUAGGUUUUUUCUGCUUCAAUAUUGUGGCUAUGUUUUAUGCAGAAAGAUGGGGUAGAAAUUAUCAAAAGUGAACAAAGGGUGUUUCCUCAUGAGAAAGCAAAAACUGAGUUCUAUGUUUCACCAGGAAAAGACGGAAUAAAAAUAAAUAAAUACUGUUAUUCAAAAAGAGAAACCAAACCAAACCGUAAAUAGGCCAAGAUCACCUAGUGGUUUGUGUGUGUGUGUGAGUGAGUGAUUUCAGUCAGUCUCGAUGAAUUUAAAAAAAAAAUGCCUGUACAGUGGUACCUUGGUUUGCAACUGUUUUGGAUUAUAACCGUUUUGGAUUACAACCACGUCAAACCCGAAAGUGUGUGUCCCUUUUUUUGGAUUACAACCCAUUUUUUGGGGGGGAGGCCCCAUUGGCGAAAGUGCACCUUGGGUUACAACCUGUUUUGGUUUACAACCGGACCUCCGGAACGGAUUAUGGUUGUAAACCAAGGUACCACUGUAUUGGAUGAUCAGAGAGAGAAGAAACAACACAUGUUUUAACAUGAAGCUGUUGAAAGGAAGAAGGACCAUGCCUAGAUGGAAUGUGACAGCUCUCCUGUUUACACUUACUUCAAAGUAACCUCCGUUGCUUCUGAGGAAUUAUACACAGGAGCCAGACUAGCAGCAAGGCACGAUGCCACUAAGUAAUGGGUAGUUUGUCUUACCAAAGCACUUUGGGCGGUCCAGUCCAACACCUGAUUUGGAAUUGCAUGCCUGUUCUUGCAGCUUUUUCUGCUGUCUUCACGGGGCAGGGUGUGGUGACAAUUAUCACACAAGCUUUUCAUUUUCUAAGAAUGAAAAACUAUUGCCAGGGGAUAGUCAUUAUGGUAAAUAUAGAUUGGAGCAAAAUCUAAAAUCCAUCGUGCACGUUUUUCAUUUGACGAGGGGCGUGGCAGAGAGGGAUACGUAUGAAAAUGCAAAGGUGAAAACGUGCAUCCCGUUUGCAUAAGAGAUUUACUUGCUCCCGAAACAACCUUUAUAUGCAAAUAUAACUUGUUCUUAUUAAAGCACGGUAAUUAUCCUAAGGGAUAAUCCUAAGGGACGUGGGUGGCGCUGUGGGUUAAACCACAGAGCCUAGGACUUGCCGAUCAGAAGGUCGGCGGUUCGAAUCCCCACGAUGGGGUGAGCUCCUGUUGCUCGGUCCCUGCUCCUGCCAACCUAGCAGUUCGAAAGCACGCCGGUGCAAGUAGAUCAAUAGGUACCGCUCCGGCGGGAAGGUAAAAGGCAUUUCCGUGCGCUGCUCUGAUUCGCCAGAAGCGGCUUAGUCAUGUGGGCCACAUGACUGGAAGCUGUACGCCGGCUCCCUCGGCCAAUAAAGCGAGAUGAUGAGCGCCGCAACCCCAGAGUCCCUUUACCUUUACCUAAUUAUCCUAAGAUACAUACAGUAUAGCAGGUUCUGCAUUCCCUCUGGCUCUGAUGUGCAUGAACUAGGGACUGUACAAAAAAUAGAGAGAUGCCCCCACUUUGCAGCCAUACUCUUGCAAUCUACUGUUGCAAUUUUCCAUUUUCAGGUGAAGGGGAUCACUUUGAAGCAGCGUGGCUCUAAAUUUUUCUGCGGCACUCAUCCUUCACUCACCUGGCAUUGCUCAUCAAUUACAGUGGCACCUCGGGUUACAGACACUUCAGGUUACAUACGCUUCAGGUUACAGACUCUGCUAACCCAGAAAUAGUACCUUGGGUUAAGAACUUUGCUUCAGGAUGAGAACAGAAAUCGUGUUCCAACGGCACGGCAGCAGCGGGAGUCCCCAUUAGCUAAAGUGGUGCUUCAGGUUAAGAACAGUUUCAGGUUAAGUACGGACCUCUGGAACGAAUUAAGUACUUAACCCGAGGUACCACUGUAAAGCAAACUAGUUCAUGGAUUUGCACGUUAGUUAAAGUUUUGAAGGGGGCUUGUACAUUUGGCUUCAUAAUGUCUGCAAAUACUAAAGAUGUAAUUUCUUUAAUGAAGGCUCAAAAGUCUGGGCAUUGCACAGGCUCUGGGACCUGUGGAGGCGAGACGAGGAAGUAGCAGAUCCCUGAACUGGUAGCAUAGGAUGUACUUUUCAGUUUGCAGGGGUGCAAUAUUUUGAAUGGUCCCUGUGGUAAAAUGAGCAUCUGAUUCACCUGAGAUAUCCUGGACGCGGGUGGCGCUGUGGGUUAAACCACAGAGCCUAGGGCUUGCUGAUCAGAAGGUUGGCGGUUCGAAUCCCCGUGACGGGGUGAGCUCCCGUUGCUCGGUCCCUGCUCCUGCCAACCUAGCAGUUCGAAAGCACAUAAAAGUUCAAGUAGAUAAAUAGGUACUGCUCCAGCGGGAAGGUAAACGGCGUUUCCCUGCGCUGCUUUAGUUCGCCAGAAGCGGCUUAGUCAUGCUGGCCACAUUACCCAGAAGCUGUACGCCGGCUCCCUCGGCCUGUAAAGCGAGAUGAGCACCGCAACCCCAGAGUCGGUCACGACUGGACCUAAUGGUCAGGGGUCCCUUUACCCUUAGAAACUGCAAAUUGCUAUAUCUUAACAAGUAGAACUCCCCUCUGCCUUCUCUGUCUUAUGUCUUCGCUAUGGAGUAACCCCCCCCCCAAAAAAAAUCCCCACACCUUGAUAAUUUUGCUGCUAUCUCCAGGAGCGACAGUGGAGGAAUUUCCAGGUGGACACUCAUCUGACCUCCUAAAUGUAGACCCUGAAUUCGUUUCUGUCUUGGGAAACCUUUCCCCCUUGAUUAAGGGUGAAAAAUCCAACUUUGGUGAGCCCCUCAGCUUAAAAAGCUCUUCUAUCCCAAUUUUCUUUUUUUAUCCUUUAAGGCAGUGGUUUUCAACCAGCGUGCCCUGGCACCCUGGGGUGCCUUGAAUGAUGGUCAGAGGUGCCACGGGCAAUACUGGCCUCUGUCCGAAUUCCUAUGCCCCACAAAUAACCCAGAGCUGCAUUUUAAAUAUACACAUUCUACUCAUGUGAAAAUACAGUGGUACCUCAGGUUAAGUACUCAAUUCGUUCCGGAGGUCCGUUCUUAACCUGAAACUGUUCUUAACCUGAAGCUCCACUUUAGCUAGUGGGGCCUCCUGCUGCCGCCGCGCCGCCAGAACACGAUUUUUGUUCUUAUCCUGAAGCAAAGUUCUUAACCCAAGGUACUAUUUCCGGGUUAGUGGAGUCUGUCACCUGAAGCGUAUGUAACCUGAGGUACCACUGUACGCUGAUUCCCGGAUUAUCUGCGGGCCGGAUUGAGAAGGCGAUUGGGCCGGAUCUGGCCCCCGGGCCUUAGUUUGCCUACCCAUGCUCUUGCGUCUCUGCCUCCCAAAGGCUUGCACGACUGUUUGUUGCAGCAGCCCUGGCUACAAGCUCCCCAGGCGAAUGGUGCCUCUGGGGCUGGCCAGGGGUGCUGGCUGCCAGGAGCUGAGGCGGCCUUGGAGCAAGCAAGCGGGCGAGGGAGCCCAGCCAGCCGGUCCACCAGCCCUUGCUGUUGGGAAUGGACAGACAGAUGGGAGACAAGGCAGGUGGGCACCAUGCUGGCGUUCCUUGUGCUUGCUGUGUGCAAGGCCUGUCUGGGAGCUGAGUGCCCGGCGCUGCCAUGCAGGCCCGGCGGUGCCCACUGCUGCCUCCCAAGGAGAGUAAGAUGGUGGCCUCACAUUUGGGCCAGUCUCUGUUGGGCCACUAAGGCUGGGGGCAUCCUCUUCCCCGGCCCCUGUGGGGCAGUGUGGGAGACCAGGGAUGGCGGCGGCAGCUGCCCAGAGGACCCCCAAGGAGAGGGGAAGGGAGAGGAGAAGAGGCUGAGGAAACACUUCCCAAGGGAGGGUAUUUGAUUUUUUUUUCCAAUUUUUUUUUAUUGGUUUUCACAACAUUAUAAACAAACAAACACAUAAGACAAACUAACAUAAAUCUUAGCCUUAUUGAAAAUUACACUUAUUAACAUUGUUAAGUGACUUCCUUGCUUCUCCUUGGUUGAAUUUCAUUGCAUAUCUUUUUAACGGUUUUCCAAAUCACAGUUCUUAUAAAAUUUAACUUAAACAUUAACAUCCUUAGAUCUUCACAUUAUGAAAUUAAACAUAUUAAUUCACCCCUUAACAUAAAUAAAAUCCUAAGCCCAUUAAGUAUCUGCAAGCUGUUUUCAGUUAAUUUAACACAUUAAACUAAGUAAUCAUUAAAUUUAUUCCACUCUUCCUGAUACUCCUCCUCCUUCUGGUCGCGGACUCUUCCAGUUAGGUCAGCUAGCUCCAAAAAAUCCAUCAUCGUCAUCUGCCAUUCUUCUAUCGUUGGUAAUUCUUGGGUUUUCCACUUUCUAGCUAACAAAAUACAAGCAGCAGUUGUCGCAUACCCUCCCAAGGGAGGGUAUUUGAAAAGGGGUGAGAGGCUGCCAGCUCUGCAGGCAAGGGGUGACAUAACUGGGCUCCUGAGCCCCACAGGGGGGCCGCAGAAAGAAGGUAGUUGGUCAACAGAGCCAUGAACCCAAAAAGGUUGAGAAUGUCUGCUUUAAGGUAUUACCGUAAUUAUUUUGUUCAGGUAGCAGUAACCGAAAACAAAUGUGCAGAGGAAGCUUGUUGGUUUUUUAAUGAUGAUGAUGAUGAUGAUAAUUUUAUUAUUUAUACCCCGCCCAUCUGGCUGGGUUUCCCCAGCCACUCUGGGCAGCUUACAACACACAUAAAAAAUGGUAGAACAUCAGACAUUAAAAAUUGGUACCUCGGGUUACAUACGCUUCAGGUUGCAUACGCUUCAGGUUACAGACUCCGCUAACCCAGAAAUACUACCUCGGAUUAAGAACUUCGCUUCAGAAUGAGAACAGAAAUUGUGCAGUGGCGGCGGCGGGAGGCCCCAUUAGCUAAAGUGGUGCUUCAGGUUAAGAACAGACCUCCAGAACGAAUUAAGUUCUUAACCCGAGGUACCACUGUAUAGGGCUGCCUUCAGAUGUCUUCUAAAAGUCAGGUAGUUGUUUAUUUCCUUGACAUCUGGUGGGAGGGUGUUCCACAGGGCGGGUGCCACCACCGAGAAGUCCCUCUGCCUGGUUCCCUGUAACCUCACUUCUUGCAGUGAGGGAACCACCAGAAGACCCUCAGAGGAGUUCCUCAGUGUCCGGGCUGAAUGAUGGGGGUGGAGACGCUCCUUCAGGUAUACUGGGGCAAGGCCAUUUAGGGCUUUAAAGGUCAGCACCAACACUUUGAAUUGUGCUCGGAAACGUCCUGGGAGCCAAUGCAGGUCUUUCAAGACCGCUGUUAUAUGGUUCCGGCGGCCACUCCCAGUCACCAGUCUGGCUGCUGCAUUCUGGAUUAGUUGUAGUUUCUGGGUCACCUUCAAAGGUAGCCCCACAUAGAGCGCAUAGCAGUAGUCUAGGUGGGAGAUAACUAGAGCAUGCACCACUCUGGCAAGACAGUCCGUAGGCAGGUAGGGUCUCAUCCUGCAUACCAGAUGGAGCUGGUAAGCAGCCGCCCUGGACACAGAAUUGACCUGCGCCUCCGUGGACUGCUGUGAGUCCAAAACGACUCCCAAGCUGCGCACCUGGUCCUUCAGGGGCACAGUUACCCCAUUCAGGACUAGGGAGUCCUCCACACCUGCCCGCCUCCUGUCCCCCCAAAAUAGCACUUCUGUCUUGCCAGGAUUCAACCUCAAUCCGUUAGCCACCAUCCAUCCUCCUUUUACUGAGUUUCUGCCAGAAGCUAUAAGAGAGUUGAGUAAAAGUUGGCCAUUGCUGAUCUGAGUAUAAUUCACUUUCAGGUCUGGAAGCGUCAAACACCACUGGAUAGAAAUUUAUUCCUUUGUUGAAAGUCUGGCUGAGAAGUUCAUAAGGUGAGUAUAAACAUCUGGAGAUUUGAGUGCAGUUGAUUUCAGUAUUUCUAAUCUCCCUCCUUAUUCAUAUUCACUUAUUCACGGUUCUUUGCCCUGCCUUUGCCUCACAGUCCGAUGCUUCGAAUGUCUUUCAUUGUGUUUUCCUCGCGAGGGACCACAAUUAUGAAGUUGACUGAAGACAGGCAAGUGUCUAUAUUUUUAAUUAAAUAAAGAAGGGGAGGGAAGGCGAGUAGAGGUGUUCCUGUGAAUUGGUUGGUAAUUUCCUGGGAUGAAAGAGGAGCUAGUUUUGGAGAGAGCAUUGGUAGUUACUGGUUUGUACAGUUUUUGCCCAGUUACAACUGGGGAAACAUAAAAAAAACCUUGGUUUGUAUGCACUGAAACGUAUUUUGCCAUUUGGCGAUACUUUUUCCAGUUCUGCUUGUUGUUCAGCUUUGUUCGCAAUCACAGAACGCUGGAAACUUGGGAGAGACAGGCAAUUAAUUUUGCCUGAGAAAAUAAUAAUAAUAAUAAUAAUAAUAAUAAUGGUAAUAUUCGUACCCCGACCAUAUAGACGGCCCCCUGCAGAAUAUUAAAAACAUUUAAACAUUAAAUGUUUUAAAAUAUUAAAUAUUAAAAAUAUUAAAAAAUAAAAAAAAUAUUAAAAUUAAGGUCAGCAUGCUAGAAACCAACUGCAGUUACCAUGUCAACAGGUCCAGAAUGCCAGUGGAAAGACCCUUUGGGUAACUAAAAGUUUUAGAUGCCCCUUCAGCCUGCUUGAUAUUGAGGCCAUUGAAUUGUAGAGUUGCAAGCGUAUCUUAGAGGACAUCUCAGUGAUGGGCAUCUUCAGAUAUUUGAAGAUGUCUGUUAUAUUGCAUGUGGAUAACCUCUCCUCCAAGCCAGACAGCCCAGUGUCUUUGAGCUUUCCUCAUAGGUAGUGAUGGCCAAACUUGGCCCUCCAGCUGGUUUGGGACUACAAUUCCCAUCAUCCCUGACCACUGGUCUUCUUAGCUAGGGAUGAUGGGAGUUGUAGUCCAGAAACAGCUGGAGGGCCAAGUUUGGCCAUCGCUGCUCAUAGGUUUCCAGGCUUCUUGCCAUCCUUGUUGCUUCCGUUGUGUUCUUGCUCGAUGGUUAAUAAAGCUCGCUUGAAAGCAACAACCCCGAUUUCAUGAAACCAGUGGAAGCCGUUGAGGUUGCUGGUGGAAUUUUGUUAAGUAGUUGUCAGUUGGUUGGAAUGUGUUGGUUGCAGGGUGGAUAAAAAUCAAUGAUUUUAAAAAAUAAUAAAUUUAAAAAUCAGAUUUUUUUUUAAUCGGGUUUAUUUAUUUAUUUAUUUAAAUCGGAUUUUUUAAAAUUUAAAUCUGAUUUUUAAAAUAAAAUGUUUUUGGAGGAAAAAUCUUUCUAAAGAUAGUUUUCUAUUUAAGUUACUUUAUAGUCCAAAGCCUAUUCAUCAGGAAAUAAGGAUUAGUUUUAAGUUUUUCAUGUGUGCUAAAACUCAGUCUAAGUUGGGGUUUUUAAAAAAAAUUGUUUAACCACAUCAGUUAAGAAACAUGGAUACAUAUGGAUACAUAUGCUAUAAUGUUAUUGUUUUAGUUAAAUAAAUUGUUUAAAUUGUUGUUAAGGAAAUGAUUAUUUUUCUCCUUCCAAUAAAGUACAGCAGAAAAGUUGUCCUAAUAUAAAUAGCUAACUUACUAAACAUCACAAUAAUUUCAUAAUUAUCUGUCUAUGUAUUUCUAAUGGUAUAACCAAAUCAGUAAUUUCUGAUAUAACUGUAAAAACCACUCUGAAACUUUAUCAUUCCAGAAAUGAAACCUUCAUCUGGUUGUAAAUAUUAAGACGAUACAGCAUGCGUCUUUCUGUAAAAAAAUAGUAAUGACUUAAAUCAAGUCUUGCUGACUAGUGAUUUAAAUCAAGUCUUACUGACGAGUGAUUUGAAUCGAUUUGAUUUAAAUCAAAUCCACCUUGGUUGGCUGAUGGUUGUGGGUCGAAACACAAGGACUUGUCGCUGUCUUAAUGUACGGCUUCCAUUUUGUUGGGUCGUGUUGAGUUUGUGCAUAAUUUUCAAUUAGAUAGAGAGAUCUAGAGAUCUAUGAAUAUGUUAAUUCAGAGAAGUAUUCCAGUUCAGUAGGCUAUGUCGCAGUGAACAGGACCAUACGACCCUAUUUUUAAGUCCCCGGGGGGGGCGGGGGAUGCAAUUCCGAGCGAGCUUACGCGAUGUACAACGCACGCUUUCCGGUCACUUUUCAGUCGUGUCGUUUGCUGAGGGUUUGCUGUCUUAUUGCAACGUUUCGCGGUGGCGAAGCAAAAACGUUGAAAAGCUCUGCCUUUUCCCCUAGGGAAGUCAUCCAGCGAGGCCUUGCAGUUCUUCAGAGACAAGUGCCUGGAGGAGACACAUUCAUGCAUGAAGGCUUUAAAAGGGUAAACGCUGCAAUUCCUCAGUGCUGUGAUUUACACAUACCAAGUGCUUCCAAUUCAUUUCGGGACCCAAUUCAAAAGGCUGGGUUUGGGGUUUGUUUUUUUCCUUUAAAGCCCCAAAAGGCUUGAGGCAGGGCCUUUGUAGGGGUGGCACCCAAUAUAUGGAACGCUGCGGUCUCUUGUCAAAUGAAGAAUCUUCUUCUUCUCCCAAGGCACUUGCUAUUCCCCUUGCUGACUUUAUGUCGGUUUUAAGUUGUUCUUCGGUUGCAUUGUUUGUGUUGGUUUUAGCUAUACUGGUUAUUUGUAAAUGGUUUUAGUGGGGUUUUUUAACCAUUUAAUUGUUGUGAUGCACUUUUAGUGGUAUGCAAAAGACCCAAAUGAUACAUCAUCAUCAUCAUCAUCAUUUACUAUUUAUACCCCGCCCAUCUGGCUGGGUUUCCCAGCCACUCUGGGCAGCUUCCAGCAAAAUAUUAAAAUACAAUAAUUCACCAAAUAUUAAAAGCUUCCCUAAACAGGGCUGCCUUCAGAUGUCUUCUAAAAGUCAGAUACUUGUUUAUUUCUUUGACAUUGGAUAGGAGGGCGUUCCACAGGGCGGGUGCCACUACCGAGAAGGCCCUCUGUUAUGUGAGUGGUGUAUAUAUAUAUGUGUGUGUGUAAUAAAUAAAUUUGUGUCCUCUGUUGCAGGCAAAUGAACAGAUCUAUGAAAAUUAUGGAGGUAGGUGAUGUUUCUAUUAGGAGCACUGUCACUUCCUACUGUAAGCAUCCCAGGGAGGGAUAUGCGAGGGAGGAGGCCUAAUAGGAGUUGCCAUUAGAUUAGGCCAGGCCUACCAUCUUGAAUAAGGGACGCGGGUGGCGCUGUGGGUUAAACCACAGAGCCUAGGACUUGCCGAUCAGAAGGUCGGUGGUUUGAAUCCCUGCGGCGGGAUGAGCUCCCGUCGUUCGGUCCCAGCUCCUGCCCACCUAGCAGUUCGAAAGCACCCCUAAGUGCAAGUAGAUAAAUAGGUACCGCUUUACAGCGGGAAGGUAAACGGCGUUUCCGUGUGCUGUGCUGGUGCUGGCUCGCCAGAGCAGCUUCGUCACACUGGCCACAUGACCCGGAAGUGUCUUCGGACGGCGCAGGCUCCCGGCCUCUUGAGCGAGAUGAGCGUGCAACCCUAGAGUCGGUCACGACUGGCCCGUACGGGCAGGGGUACCUUUACCUUUACCAUCUUUAAUAAUAAUAAUAAUAGUUGUUAUUAUUAAUACUCUGCCCAUCUGGCUGGGUUUCCCCAGCCACUCUGGGUGGCUUCCAGCAAAAUAUUAAAAUGCAGUAAUUCAUCAAAUAUUAAAAAGCUUCCUUAAUUGAUCUGUUUUGAUUUGGGGGUUUUUACAAUUGCUGUCCAGAAUAUUUUCUUGACGUCGUUAACUGUCUUAGGUCAUUGCUGUUCUUAUAUGAUAAUCAGAAGGUAUCAUUUUACAGCGUGCAGAAAAGUUAGAGCUACUGACUGUUGCCAUUUUUUCUUAUUACAUCCAAAUGGGUUUUUUAAAAAACAUUUGUGCCAUGCAAGCUUCCGUCUGAUCUUUUUAACAUCAAAACUUAAAUGGCUUUUGCUUUCCGUUUAGCCACAUUUUCUAGGAACUAGACUAUUUCAUAUGAAACAAAGGGAAGACUUGGAUGCCAAACGAUAAUUCCCUCUCUUGCCUGCGUUUCUCCCAAGAAGCAAGACAAAUGCGCCCAAUCUUUCUCUCCCGUCCCAAGGUCACCUUGAAGAUCUUGUGUCUCUGUGACAUGAGCAAGAAAAGAAAUUUGACAUUAAGAAUACCUGUCAACAGUGAUCAGUGUCUUUAAUUUCAAGCUAGACUGAGAGAGACAUUUGAAAAUACAAUGAAUUGUAUUAGGAAUGCACCCAGUAAUAAAACAAUAUUUUAAAUGACUGCUUAGCGGCGCUUUCAGAUUGAUGUAUGUAACAAAUUUCACGAAAGCGGUUUUCUUGAGAUUCUUAAAUGAGCUUCCUACCUGUUGCUAAUAGCUCAGUUUGUGGAAUCCCCAGGCGCUUCAAUGAGAGUGGCUACUGUAUGUUUGAGCCUUGCUUCUGUGCAUGUCAUUCAGCCUCAAUCCUGUUUCUCUGCUGGUUGAUGCCCAAGUAAAUUACUAGCUUUUCUCUUAAGCUGAAGCCUUGUUUUCUUUUUUAAUUGAAGAAUCUAAUAUAUAUUUAUGCUGCCGUAUUUCAGGACUCCAGACAGCUAGUGUGAUCAUAGCUCUCACAGACGGGGAGCUGCAAGAGGCCCAGUUUUAUUACGCAGAGAAAGAAGUAAGUUGAGCCUGAAUUUCGUCAGACUAUGUGGAAAUGUUCAAGUGUGCACAACAUGCCCCUUGGAAGUUAUAUAGAGUUUUUUAAUACUGUUAUGUACUGAAGUUCUCACCCUGGGCCAGCAGGGGGAUACUGUAGAUAGUUAUGCAAAUGAAGGAUCGAAAGUGAUGUUCAGUGAUUGGAUAGUUUUAGAAAGUUGCUACAGUAACGUUGUACUAGAGCUCUAUAUAAGCAGGCUGACUGAACCCUUCAGUUCAGUUCUGUUCUGGCCUCUGAAUAAACAAGAGCUGUUUGAAGAAUCGCUGUGUCGUCUGAUAUGUUCACCCACAACUUAACAAAUACUACCUCUCAUUUUAGGCCGACAGAGCGAGAAGCCUCGGCGCAAUUGUCUAUUGUGUUGGUGUGAAAGACUUUAAUGAAACUCAGGUAAUUUUCAAAAAAUAAAAUAAAAUAACGUUCUUCUACAAACGGAGUUUGAUUCUUCCAUUGCAUUAAAGGACAAUGGAUGGUUCCUGUAAGGCACUCCCGUACCUGCAAACAAAGACAAAUACUUUGUCUGAAUAAGUAACAUACACCUUUGUCUUUGUUCCCCUUUAAGGUCAAGCACCCUAAUUCCCCCCUUUACUAGUAUUAGCAUAUGAACAUCCAUACACAGUGUCCUUCUUCAAAUGAUUCUGUCAUACACAUUUUCCUCUGUGCACUUUGGCCUCUUUGAAUGGCUAUCAUUUCUUCUUGCAAUUUCCAGUUCUACCCCAUUCGCAUCCAGACAACAACAACAACAACAACAAUAAUAAUAAUAAUAAUAAUAAUUUAUUAUUUAUACCCCACCCAUCUGGCUGAGUUUCCCCAGCCACUCUGGGCAGCUCCCAAUCAAGUGUUCAAAACAGUACAGCAUUAAAUAUUAAAAACUUCCCUGAACAGGGCUGCCUUCAGAUGUCUUUUAAAGAGAAGAUAGCUGCUUAUUUCCUUGACAUCUGAUGGGAGGGCGUUCCACAGGGUGGGCGCCACUACCGAGAAGGCCCUCUGUCUGGUUCCCUGUAUCCUCACUUCUCGCAAUGAGCGAACUGCGAGAAAGCCCUCGGCGCUGGAUCUCAGUGUCCGGGCAGAACAAUGGGGGUGGAGACGCUCCUUCAGGUAUACAGGACCGAGGCCGUUUAGGGCUUUAAAGCUCAGCUACACAGAACCGAGGCCGUUUAGGGCUUUAAAGGUCAGCACCAACACUUUGAAUUGUGCUCAGAAACGUACUGGGAGCCAAUGCAGAUCUCUCAGGACCGGUGUUAUGUGGUCUCAGCGGCUGCUUCCAGUCACCAGUCUAGCUGCCGCAUUCUGGAUUAAUUGCAGUUUCCAGGUCACCUUCAAAGGUAGCCCCACGUAGAGCGCGUUGCAGUAGUCCAAGCGGGAGAUAACUCUGCCCUCUGGUGAGACAGUCCGCGGGCAGGUAGGGUCUCACCCUUCGUACCAGAUGGAGCUGGUAGACAGCUGCCCUGGACACAGAAUUAACCUGCGCCUCCAUGGACAGCUGUGAGUCCAAAAUGCUCACCCUCAUUUCUUAGGGGAGAUUCCUCCUGAACUUGGACACACCUUGGUUCCCCAAGCAUCCAUGGACAAGCUGUUCUGCCACCUUUUAGAUGCCAGCUGUCUGGUUCAGCUGUGGUUCAAGCGAAGCCUGUUCCAACGUACAGGCCUAGCUUCUCCACAAUGGCCCCAGGUCCACAAUUAAUCAAAAACCAUCCUCCCAGCGCCAUGGUCUCAUCCACGCGAUGGAGAAUGGCCAGCUGGCUCUGUGUAUCUCAGACAAAGCUACAUUGAAGGGAAGCAGGGGGGUGGGUGGCGCUGUGGUCUAAACCACUGAGCCUCUUGGGCUUGCAGAUCAGAAGGUUGGCGGUUCGAAUCCCCGUGACGGAGUGAGCUCCCGUUGCUCUGUCCCAGCACCUGCCAGCCUAGCAGUUCAAAAGCACACCAGUGCAAGUAGAUAAAUAGCGUUGGGGAGCAGUCAGUGGUCAUGUUGGCACCAGUGAUGUGGGGAAAUGAAAUUCUGGGGCCUUGGAAGCCAAAUUCUGGUUCUUAGAUAUGAAAGGCAGUACCUUCAAGGUAAAGGUAAAGGCCUCCUGGGCAGUUAAGUCCAGUCAAAAGCGACUAUGGGAUUGCGGCACUCAUCUUGCUUUCAGGCCAAGUGAGCUAGCGUUUGUCCACAGACAGCUUUCCGGGUCAUGUGGCCAGCAUGACUAAACCGCUUCUGGCGCAAUGGGACACCGUGACGGAAACCAGAGCGCAUGGAAAAGCCAUUUCCCUUCCCACUGCAGUGGUACCUUUUUAUCUACUUGCACUGGUAUGCUUUUGAACUGCUUGGUUGGCAGGAGCUGGGACAGAGCAAUGGGAGCUCACCCCGUUGCGGGGAUUCAAAACACCCACCUUCUGAUCUGAUAGGUACCACCUGCAGUGGUACCUAUUUACCAGGUUAUACAGACAAUGCCUGACGCAGACAGCCUUUGGGCAGGCAAAUCACCAUGCUGUCUGCUUGCAUGUGACAAACACAACUACCCAUGCCCAAAAUCACCCACUCCCUUGACCCCUACUCAUGGAGGGGACAUCUUCUUUGCUUGCAUGGUCAUCUCAUACAAUGGCAGUGAUUCCAUUGAACACCUUACAAAAAAUAAUGUCCAUACUUUUGUGCGGUUAAAAAGAACUAAACACCCCUUGGUUUCACCACAAAAUUUUUUAGCAGUGAACUCAUGUGGACCUUGGGCGUCCUGCUCACAAGCAGCGUAGCAUUGCUUGCUGGUGCCCAGGGCAUGUGUGUGUGCGUGCUUCCAUGCUGCCAGGGCAACCCCACCUGAGCAAAUUGGGGCCGCACUGAGCUGCCUGCCCACCCACAUAGGGGGGAGUCCGGCUGGCUGACAUGGCCCUUGGGGGGCAGAGAGGAGCACUGGGCUAUUGGGGUCACCUGGAUCAUGCCGCCUCAAAAAUCGUGUGCCCCCCCCGGCACCCCCUUUUAAAGAAGGCUUUUAUGAUCUUUAUUGCUGCGGUUGAUUGAUUGUGGUUCAUCACGCUGCUUUCUUUUCUCUUGUUUUAUUACUAUGCUUUGUGCUUUACGUACAUCUUAUUUUAAUGUAUGCUGCUUUGAGGGUCUCCUCUGGCCAAGAAGCUGAUUAUUAAUGUAAGUAAGAACUAAAUAAUAAAUACUACACCUGUGUCCUUUCCAAAAUGUUGGUGUAUGGCAAUAGUUAAGCUGUGUGGGUUGCAAGUUCAGAUUUCGCAUCAGCUCAUUGAUUGGCCUUUGGGUAGGUCAUUAUUUUCUUAAUCUUGGUUGCCUCCCACCCCUGAAAUAUUGGGAAAUAGAACUGGCCUAAUGGCAACGCCGUUAUUCAGAUUACUGAUAUAUGUGAAAUGCUACAAACUUUCAAAUACAUCUCUAUAAAUGAGAAGCCUUUUAUGACAAAGAAAUCUGCAAGUAUUUUAAGAAGUGGCCUUAAAUUCUUCCAGUCAGCCUCUACUCUGGGCACAUAAUUCUACCAUGUCUCUGGGUGGAUAUCGCUGGAUAAUUUAAGUCUCUUCUGGGUCACACGUUCUUCAGAACUUCCCAACAGGAAAGGGGCAUAAGCAGAAAGCAGGCUCUGUUUUUAAUUUAAUAGAUAUUAUUUUCCCCACCACACAUUUAUGAGUGUCUUGUCUUUGCAGCUAUCGACUAUUGCGGAUAGCAUUGAUCACGUUUUUCCUGUGACUGGAGGUUUUUAUGCUCUCAGAGGCACCAUUGAUUCGGUAAGUAGCUUAUCCAAUAAACGCACCCUUUUCUCAAUUUGUCAAUCAGCGUCAGGCUACCCUUGACUGCAAACACCAUUCUUUCAAUCCUACAGAUUCUGAAGAAAUCGUGCAUUGAGAUCCUGGCCGCCGAACCAUCAAGCAUCUGUGCAGGAGGUGAGUAAUGCUACCUCGUCCGUUAUGGAUCCUGGUGAUCUUUCUAGAUGGUGAUGUGAAAUGCUGGGCUCUUUUAAAUAAAGUCCUGGCUUUGAUUUCCCACACAAUAUCACAGAGUCGUAGAGUUGGAAGGGACCUCAAGCAUCAUCUAGCCCCAACAAUGCAAGAAUUUCCUUGUUUAACCAACUAGUUUUUUGCAAGUGAUUUAUUGAACAUGGUGCACCCACGUUUUAGGAAUAUGCUUUCUUCUUCUUCUCUGUUUGUUUGGCAAACCAUAGCCUACAAUGUGUUGUUGUUCCCUGCUGAACGAAGGACUUGAUGAUCAAAUUCCAUAAGAUGCAAAUGGCUCCUACGCUCGUGAAGGAACAACCAUAGACUGCAGAACGCCAUAUGCAUUCCAGAUCACAAUGUGCGAGAUCAGAAGAGAGGUCAGGUGUGUCCUGGAAUGGGUUCUUCAGAAGACAAUGGUUCCAGUUGACUUGAGAAAGCGAGGCAAAUCAUUUCGUUUCAUUUCACUUUUAAUUUGUAUUCCGCCUUUCUAUUUUGCUGUACGCAAGGCGGCUUACAGCAACAAAAUAUACAACAAAGAACACACGCCUUUAUAAUAAUCUGACAGAAAGUCAUAAUAAAACAUAACCCUGAAAUGGAAUGACUUGUAUCAAGUAAAGUAAUAUUAAGUAUUCUAUUAGAAUAUAAUAGUACACCGUAAAAAAUAUCGGCAAAUAAUAAUUGAACAGAAAUUCACUCCCCGUGGAACGCCCUCCCGUCACAUGUCAAGGAAAUAAACAACUAUCUGACUUUUAGAAGACAUCUGAAGGCAGCCCUGUUUAGGGAAGUUUUUAAUGUUUGAUGUUUUAUUGUGCUUUUAAUAUUCUGUUGGAGCCACCCAGAGUGGUUGGGAAAACCCAGCCAGAUGGGUGGGGUAUAAAUAAAUUAUUAUUAUUUAUUAUUAUUAUAUUUAUUAUAAAUAAUGACUAAACUAUGAUCGGUAAAAAUGACUGAGGGUCUGUGGACCGCCCCCCCCCCCCUGAAAAAGUUUGCUGACCCCUGUUCUAGCCCACCCCCCUGCAAUGCUAGAAUCUCAACUAAAGCAUCCUUUGCGUUUAAGAACGGGUCUCUCUUUGUUUGUAUUCAUAUUUUUUCCACAUAUAUUUCCACCUGCCUCUGUUGAAUCAUGGAUAACCCCCCAAGGCUGGUUUUUAGCGAUCGAGAGAACUGAAUGUUGACUGAGCUGCUGUAGAUGGAUUAGUCUGUCUGGUUUCUGACAGUUCUCUGAGGCUUAAUGUUUUGUGACCCUCCCAAUCUGUAAGCCCCCCGUCUUGUAGUCCACUCUGCAAAUUUGGAUCUCCCUUGAUUAGAAGUGACCGAGACGCGCAGCCUGCGAAGAGGCCCAUCAGUCUGGAGUCCGAAUUUCCCAGAAGCUUCGUUGCUCUGAUUAUACUCACAAGUGCCCUGGCUUGAUUGAAAGGUUGCGCUGGAUGUUGGCACCCAACCGGCCGCGUCAACUCCCAGGUGUGGAUGCAAGCCGUCAGCUCCUCAUCAGAGUCACGGAAGCAAAACAGACAGCGCCGCCAGUGCGCACCAGUUUCAACCCACCCUCUCGCUGCCAGCGCUGCCUCUUUGGUUCUGCGCUGACCUUUUCCCCUUCGUUGUCUUGUCAAAAUUGGCAAUUUGGUUUCUGACAGUAACGAAGGAAGAAAAGGACGCGUGCCGAGUCAGGGCCCCAAUUUAAAUAGAAUUAGCCCUUUCAGCUGGCUUGGGUUCCCCGGAACUGAGUCGCGCUGUAUGGGAUUAAGAACGGGGCAAAAGGGGGCACAGGCUGCAAACCCAACAGUUUCCACCGCUCGUCUAACCCGCAAUGAAAAUGAAUAGUUUCCCCCUUUUUUUUGUUUCUGUACCUGUUAAUGGGAGUGGAAAAUGCAUAGUGGUCGUUUUCACAAACACCGAUAACAUUGGGGGUGGGGGAUGCAGUCAUUAAAACAUAAUAUUUUUGUAGUGUCAAAAAAAGCACUUUUACAGGAAGUAGCAGUAAUAGUCAGGGAAGAGGACUUUGCCUCAAAAGCAUAAUUCUCCAGCCUUCAAAUAGGUCCGAACGGAACGCUUUCCCCAAUAAUAUUUUAAUGUUAAUAGUGAUUUCAUAGCUCCUCGGCGUUGCACUUCUUGAUUUCCUUUAUCGUCUGAGGUUCUCCGUAAAAUAGUGUUCCCAUUUCACAGUCGGUACACUGAGGACCAUUCCCCGUGAAGCCCUGCUGUAUGUUAUUGGGCCACGCCAGUUUUCCUCUCAUGUUAACGUUUUCUCUUUACAGAAUCCUACCAAGUGGUGGUCAAAGGCAAUGGCUUUUAUUACGCAAGGAACAUUGACCAAGUUCUCUGCAGUUUCAAGAUCAAUAACACCAUUACUCUUAGUAAGUUGGCAGGUUGUGGCAUAAUGCUGUUAAGCCUUCCCAUGUUGUGGUGUGAAAUGGUAACAGGGGAAGAAUUUUCACCCUCAUGGCUACUUCUGCAUCAUUCCCAUCGUACCUGGGCUUGUCUUGCUGGUACGUGCAGGGGAUGUACGGCCAACGCAUUUGUCAUCGUUGGAAUGGAAGUUACGAAUUUGAUAAUCCAGAACAGAAAAGCACAGGCAGGGUUGCAAAGUUUCAGGAAGAUGCGGAAACCUACACUAGUUAAAUUUCUGCAUGUCCUGCAGCUGAUAAUGUCAGUCUGUAUUCUCUGUCAAGGAGUGCGGCAAGAUAGCCACACUAAAAGGGCCUUUGCAUUAUUUUCCUAGAUAAGGAUUUCAUGAACUUCAUCCGAAAGAAGCAAGUUUGAACCUCCCUAACGUAUAUUUAGGGACGCGGGUGGCGCUGUGGGUUAGACCACAGAGCCUAGGACUUGCUGAUCAGAAGGUUGGCGGUUCGAAUCCCCGCGACAGGGUGAGCUCCUGUUGCUCGGUCCCAGCUCCUGCCAACCUAGCAGUUCGAAAGCACGUCAAAGUGCAAGUAGAUAAAUAGGUACCGCUCCAGCGGGAAGGUAAACGGCAUUUCUGUGCGCUGCUCUGGUUCGCCAGAAGCGGCUUAGUCAUGCUGGCCACAUGACCCGGAAGCUGUACGCCGGCUCCCUCGGCCAAUAAAGCGAGAUGAGCGCUGCAACCCCAGAGUCGGUCACGACUGGACCUAAUGGUCAGGGGUCCCUUUACCUUUACCUUUACCUUUAACGUAUACUUAGCACAAAAGGGCAACAACUCAACCAGCAUCGGUUAGGGAAUCAAAUCACUCUAAAACAGAACAGACAAAUAAUUAUCUAUCUAUCUAUCCAUCUAUCUUUCUAUCUAUCAUCUAUCUAUCUAUCUCAAUUUGUUCUACUCUGAAUGAAAUGAAAGGGAAGACACACAUAUAACCUGUAACUCACUGGCUGAAAUGUUAAAAAAAGAAGAAGAAAGGGAAACCUAAAACUAUUUGCUGCUGUAACGAAUUUUUUUAAAAAAUGAAACAGGCACUCUUCAUAAACUUGCCAUCGAAAGUUUUUUAUGGCUGCUUUGUACUAGCAUAGAAGUGAUUUUUCGUUUCUUCCCUUCAGAUGAAAAGCCAACUAUUGUUCAAGACACAUACUUACUUUGCCCUGCUCCAGUGAUAGCAGAUGUCGGACAGUAAGUACAUUGUGCUUUUACCUGUUCCUCAUACCACCUCUUACUUGUCGUGUUUUCUCCCCCCCAACCCCCCCCCCCCGAAAUGCUAAAAUGUGAGAACCGCCAACUGAAAUAUAUCAGUUCUAAGGGGUUAGAAACUCGUGGGGGUGGGGAGAAUCAUUGAUUUCAUUGUUUGUUACGAUAAACAGAGAACAGAAAUAGUAAAAAUUAUAAUUUAUUAUUUAUACCCCGCCCAUCUGGCUGGGUUUCCCAAGCCACUCUGGGUGGCUUCCAACAAAAGAUUAAAAAUACAUUAAAACAGAGGGAAAGACCAUCGUUUUAAUCAACGUCUCUGUUGGCUCUCCAGGGUGGUUUACCUGCAAGUUAGCAUGAACAGCGGACUGACGUUCAUCUCCAGCUCUGUCAGCAUCACCAGCACCCGCUGUGUAAGUAUGAACCAUGAAACUGAGGGAAGGAAGGACCUAAAACGCAGAAACAAGGACUAAGGGGUUGGGUGGAAAAGUGUUGCUUUUUGACCACCGAUCCAGCUCUUAAUAAUAAUAAUAAUAAUAAUAAUAAUAAUAAUAAUAUAUUACUUAUACCCCACCCAUCUGGCUGGGCCUCACCAGCCACACUGGGCGGCUCCCAACAGAACAUUAAAAACACAAUAAGAUAUCAAACAUUAAAAACUUCCCUAAACAGGGCUGCUUUCAGAUGUCUUCUAAAAGUCAGGUGUUCUUAACAUCUGAUGGGAGGGCGUUCCACAGGGCGGGCGCCACCACCAAGAAGGCCCUCUGCCUGGUUUCUGGUAGCUUCACUUCUUGCAGGGAGGGAACCACCAGAAGGCCCUCGGAGCUGGACCUCAUUCUCCGGGAUGGACGAUGGGGGUGGAGACACUCCUUCAGGUAUACUCAAGGGAACAUGAACUGGGUUUGACAGGGGCAGCCAACCUUGUUUAUUCCUGACCCACUCAUAUCUAAAGCAGUGGAUGGGGUGGGGGGCUAAUUUUAAAGCCAAGAAAGGGAUCUGUGAGUGUAAGACCUCUUGCUGAAGAGGGUUUUGGUAAGACACUUGCUGCUUUGUCUACACUGCUGCUGACCCAGGUUCAGGCUAUGGUCGUUUGAAUGCUUGUACUUUAUAAGUUAGAAACAAAUAUUAUAUUUAUAAAACAAUGAAUUUGUCUCCUCUCUCUUCCCACCCCCCUUCACUUUGCGUUUGUGGGCAUUUUGCUCCUUACGCUGCCCUCUGCAAUUCUGUGGGAGGGGUUCAGUUCCCUUCCUUGUGAAAACGGAAGAAAAUGCGUAGGUCUAUAUUCUCACUAUGGCGUCAGCAUAACUGUCUGCAGGUGAUCCUAGUCAGUGUACCAAGCAAAAAUCCCAUGCAACAAAGGCAGAAAGAACAAAACAUUAGUCACACGUGGGCACACACAACUUACAAAAACAGCAGAGGGGGAAAUCAGACAUUUAGUCUCUACAACUAAACUUGUAUGGGUUUGACUUUAACUAUCUGUCCACACGGGAUGCGGGUGGCACUGUGGGUUAAACCACAGAGCCUAGAACUUGCCGGUCAGAAGGUCAGUGGUUCGAAUCCCCGCGACGGGGUGAGCUCCCGUUGCUUGGUCCCUGCUCCUGCCAACCUAGCAGUUCAAAAGCACGGCAAAGUGCAAGUAGAUAAAUAGGUACCGCUCCAGCGGGAAGGUAAAUGGCAUUUCCGUCCGCUGCUCUGGUUCGCCAGAAGCGGCUUAGUCAUGCUGGCCACAUGACCUGGAAGCUGUACGCCAGCUCCCUCGGCCAAUAAAACGAGAUGAGCGCCGCAACCCCAGAGUCGGUCACGACUGGACCUAAUGGUCAGGGGUCCCUUUACCUUUUUAUCUGUCCACACAGAUUUUUUUGUAUUUUGCAAUGGCCAUUUCUGAUUUUGGCCUACCCAGAUUGCCAUAGACCGUGCGGAAUAGGUACAGCAGAGACAAAAUUUUAGCUGUGCGACUGAGCAGAUUUAUUUAGCAGUAUACUAGCAGUGUAAGCGAGACUUGCCUUUCCAGUAGAAAUGUUCUUGUGCAGUGCAGUCCCAUACAUAUCUGCUCAAAGUAAGCCAAUUGGGUUGAGUGAUGCUCCCAGAAUUGCUGACUUUGGGGCUGUUACAGAGAGCCAAAAUAAUAGCUAUGUUCACUUGCCCCACAACCAUGCAAUCAAAUGCCACUACUUAGGUUUUCUGGAAACAAACUAAGAAGGUAAGAUCUUUUCUUCCUCUAUAGCAUGGCUAGUCCUUUCCUUCGAAGUCACUGGGGCUGUUUAUUGUCACGUUUGAUAAUAUGUACAAAUGCAACAUGAAAUGGCUAUGAGCAUGCAGGAAGGAAUGUACAUAAGAAGAUGGCUCUAUAGAGCAGGCAUAGGCAAACUCGGCCCUCCAGAUGUUUUGGGACUACAACUCCCAUCAUCCCUAGCUAAUAGGACCAGUGGUCAGGGAUGAUGGGAGUUGUAGUCCCAAAAACAUCUGGAGGGUCGAGUUUGCCUAUGCCUGCUCUAUAGGUAUCCAGGACUUUAAAGGUUAAUACCAAUGCUUCAAAUUGAGCCUGGAAACUUAACAGGGAGCCAAUACAGGCCUCUCCAAAUUGGCCUGGUGAAAUCAAGGUGCCUAGGGCCUGUCAGCAAACUGAUUUCAUUUUCUGAACAGUUUUCAGAUUGCUUUACAGUAGUCCGCUCUUGGGCGUGAAUGACUCUGGGCGAGGACAGAUUCUGCCAGGAACGGUUGUGGUUGGCCGCUUGCCAGCGUUAUAUUUGAAAACACACACAAAAUUAAAACGAGGUUUUUAAGCACUGUUUUUGUUCUGCUGCAAUCUGCAGUUACAGUCUCUGGGUGUCGAACCAAAUAGAGGGGGACGCUGCUCUCUGAAAACUGCUUUGCACUUUGUGUCUGGCGUUCGAAGAGAUGAGCUUGUGUGGCUUCCUUCUUCAUAUGGAGAAAGCAAGGAAAUUGAUCUAAUGUGCUGCCUUAGGGCCUGACCGCAGCCAAACGACACUCUCAGAUGUCACAAGUAGCACAUUUAUUCGCAUCCCAUUUUUUUUCUUUCAAAGACACAUGAAGCAGCUUACAAAAAACGAUGCAGCGGAGAUUAAAUUGAAAAACAACAAACGCUGACUAAUAUAGCAGCAGUAAGCGUGGUAAAAGUCCAUGAUACAAACUUUCAUUUAAAAAAACAACAACUGGGUCAUUAAACGCUUGUUAGAUAAAAAAUAUAUUAAUGAAAUGAAAAGAAUAAAGAUUUGAAAAUUCAGUGCUUAAUUGCAAAGGACUUGCGCUUAAUGGUAGAUUAAUGGGGAAGAGCUGUAGCCUUGGAGAAGCUUCCUGGUUCACUCUCAGGAGAUGGGGACUGUUAUUGGUUAUACUGGAUGCGGGCGGCGCUGUGGUCUAAACCACUGAGCCUCUUGGGCUUGCCGAUCAGAAGGUCGGUGGUUCGAAUCCCCACGAUGGAGUGAGCUCCCGUUGCUCUGUCCCACCUGCUGCCAACCUAGCAGUUUGAAAGCACGACCUUGACAGAUUAGAGAACUGGGCCAAAACAAACAAGAUGAAUUUUAACAGGGAGAAAUGUAAAGUAUUGCACUUGGGCAAAAAAAAUGAGAGGCACAAAUACAAGAUGGGGGACACCUGGCUUGAGAGCAGUACAUGUGAAAAGGAUCUAGGAGUCUUGGUUGACCACAAACUUGACAUGAGCCAACAGUGUGACGCGGCAGCUAAAACAGCCAAUGCAAUUCUGGGCUGCAUCAAUAGGAGUAUAGCAUCUAGAUCAAGGGAAGUAAUAGUGCCACUGUAUUCUGCUCUGGUCAGACCUCACCUGGAGUACUGUGUCCAGUUCUGGGCACCACAGUUCAAGAAGGACACUGACAAACUGGAACGUGUCCAGAGGAGGGCAACCAAAAUGGUCAAAGGCCUGGAAACGAUGCCUUAUGAGGAACGGCUAAGGGAGCUGGGCAUGUUUAGCCUGGAGAAGAGGAGGUUAAGGGGUGAUAUGAUAGCCAUGUUCCAAUAUAUAAAAGGAUGUCACAUAGAGGAGGGAGAAAGGUUGUUUUCUGCUGCUCCAGAGAAGCGGACACGGAGCAAUGGAUCCAAACUACAAGAAAGAAGAUUCCACCUAAACAUUAGGAAGAACUUCCUGACAGUAAGAGCUGUUUGACAGUGGAAUUUGCUGCCAAGGAGUGUGGUGGAGUCUCCUUCUUUGGAGGUCUUUAAGCAGAGGCUUGACAACCAUAUGUCAGGAGUGCUCUGAUGGUGUUUCCUGCUUGGCAGGGGGUUGGACUCGAUGGCCCUUGUGGUCUCUUCCAACUCUAUGAUUCUAUGAUUCUAUGAUUCUAAGUGCAAGUAGGUAAAUAGCUACUGCUGUGGUGGAAAGGUAAACAGCAUUUCCAUGCGCUCUGGCACUCGUCACAGUCCUCUGUGAGCCAGUAGCGGUUUAGUCCUGCUGGCCACAUGACCUGGAAAGCUGUCUGUGGACAAACGCCGGCUCCCUCGGCCUGAAAGCAAGAUGAGCGCCACAAUCCCAUAGUCGCCUUUGAUUGGACUUAACCAUCCAGGGGUCCAUUACCUUUACCUAUACAGUGGUACCUCGGGUUACAUACGCUUCAGGUUACAUACGCUUCAGGUUACAGACUCCGCUAACCCAGAAAUAGUACAUCGGGUUAAGAACUUUGCUUCAGGAUGAGAACAGAAAUCGUGCUCCAGCGGCGUGGCAGCAGCAGGAGGCCCCAUUAGCUAAAGUGGUGCUUCAGGUUAAGAACAGUUUCAGGUUAAGAACGGACCUCCAGAACAAAUUAAGUUCUUAACCCGAGGUACCACUGUACUGGUUGCAGUGAAGGAAGCAAGGUGGGGUUUGCAAUGUUUCCCACCCAGCGCUGUUUCUUUGAACUAGUUGAAAUUUAGAAGGCUGAGCUUCCUUAGUAAAGCCCUCAGUAAAAGUUCCUUGGCUGCAUUUUCCGGGUGUCAAAGCCAGAAGCAAUGGGCACCCUGGGCUCAGCGGGGCGGGGGGGUGUGUCCCAGAUGUUUUAACGAGUGCCCUGAGUACUGAGGGCACCUCGUGGCACUGAUAAACAGUGGUGUGGGUGCCAGUAGUUCAACAAGCAGGGCAGCCGUGGGAAAAAGGAAGUUUUUGUUCCCAGCCCUCCUCCUCACCCUUCUCUGAAGCACUGCAUGCUGGGUGGUAGAGCCCAGUGGAAACCCAAAGGUGUUUUCAGUUGUAGCUGUUUUAAAGAAAGAGAGGGAAGAAAAUACCUAUGCUUUAUUUGUUUGUUUGUUUAUUUAUUUAUAUUUUUAAAAUUAGUUUUCAAUUACAACAAUCCAAUAAUAGCCUCAUUAUAAAAAUGCCAAAUUAUAAUAUAAUUCCUAAUACAAAUCUUUCAAAUACCAAAUUUCUGUAUUUUUCGCUCUAUAAGACGCACCAGACCAUAAGACGCACCUAGUUUUUGGAGGAGGAAAACAAGAAAAAAAAUAUUCUGAAUCCCAGAAGCCAGAACAGCAAGAGGGAUCGCUGCGCAGCGAAAGCAGCAAUCCCUCUUGCUGUUCUGGCUUCUGGGAUAGCUGCGCAGCCUGCAUUCGCUCCAUAAGACACACACACAUUUCCCCUUACUUUUUAGGAGGGAAAAAGGUGAGUAUUAUAGAGCAAAAAAUACGGUAUAUAAUUUAGGUGGCCCCCCGCAUGCUAGAAUUAAUGGUUUGAUGGUUUACUUUGUUCCUGUGUUCCAAAACCUUACCGAUUUCAAUUACAUGCCCGUCGUAAUAGUGAUCCCUUAUGCAACAGCUGCAAUAUUAAUAACUUCUCUUCGUGUUGACACAUUAAGUAACUUAUAAGCGUGCAAGUGAAGCUCUCGUACUGUGUCAUUGCUUUCCCUGUGUGUGACAUUUAUUCUGUCCGUGAUGUAUCUUCCUGCCCUUCCCAUCAUCACCUCGUACGCCAUACGUCUAAAACCCGCGAUUAAAUCCGAACCGCGUCGAUUGCAAUGCGAAAUAAACAAUGCCCGGUUCUGUUGCAAAAUCCGUAACCUAGGAAUACCUUGCUUGCUUGCAGCAUCGUGGGACGAUUGUUUUCAUUGUGCUCCUGAUCCUGUUUCUGCUCCUGGCCUUGGCUCUCUUCUGGUGGUUUUGGCCACUCUGCUGCACCGUGGUAAGUGUGCGGGUCGUAUUCAAGGCUGUUUUUUAAAAUUUCUUUUUAUAUGUUGUUGUUUAGUCGCGUCCGACUCUUCGUGACCCCCUGGACCACAGCACGUCAGGCACUCCUGUCUUCCACUGCCUCCCAAAGUUUGGUCAAACUCAUGCUGGUAGCUUCGAGAACACUGUCCAACCAUCUCGUCCUCUGUCGUCCCUUCUCCUUGUGCCCUCCAUCUUUCCCAACAUCAGGGUCUUUUCCAGGGAGUCUUCUCUUCUCAUGAGGUGGCCAAAGUACUGGAGCCUCAGCUUCACAAUCUGUCCUUCCAGUGAGCACUCAGGGCUGAUUUCCUUCAGAAUGGAUCGGUUUGAUCUUCUUGCAGCCCACGGGACUCUCAAGUGUCUCCUCCAGCACCAUAAUUCAAAAGCAUGAAUUCUUCGGUGAUCAGCCUUCUUUACGGUCCAGCUCUCACUUCCAUACAUCACUACUGGGAAAACCAUAGCUUUAACUAUACGGACCUUUGUUGGCAAGGUGAUGUCUCUGCUUUUUAAGAUGCUGUCCGGGUUUGUCAUUGCUUUUCUCCCAAGAAGCAGGCGUCUUUUAAUUUCAUGGCUGCUGUCACCAUCUGCAGUGAUCAUGGAGCCCAAGAAAGUAAAAUCUCUCACUGCCUCCAUUUCUUCCCCUUCUAUUUGCCAGGAGGUGAUGGGACCAGUGGCCAUGAACUUCAUUUUUUUGAUGUUGAGCUUCAGACUAUAUUUUGCGCUCUCCUCUUUCACCCUCAAUAAAAGCUUUUUAUAUAUAAAUUUUUAUUAGUUUUUUUUAACAUACAGUUUUCAACAGUGACUAAACAUAUUUUUACAUCUUAUUCAAUUUUUUCCCCUUCCAUCAUUCCUGUCUGAAAACUUUCCAAUCCAAUCUCUUAGUAUACAUUUCUUAUUUUCCCUGUUACAUUAAAACUCAUAACCAAUGUCUCUAUUCUUUAUCCGCUUUGUAGCACUUCAUAUAUUUCUCCUUACAAAACUUAUUGUAGUCCUACUAGCGUAAUUUGUUGGUUACAGUUGCUCUUCAAAUAGUUCAUAUACUUCUUCCAAUCUUCUGUAAAUCUCUGGUCCCGCAGGUUUCAAAUCCUUCCUGUCAUUUUGUCCAAUUCUGCAUAGUCCAUUAUUUUCAUCUGCCAUUCUUCUUUCGUCGGAAUUUCUUCUUGCUUCCAUUUCUGGGCUAACAAUACUCUUGCCGCUGUUGUUGCAUAUAAAUUUUUAUUUACAUCUUGCCUAUUAAUGUCCUGACCUAGAAUACCAAGUAAAAAUGCUUCUGGUUUUUUUUUAAAUUGUAUAUUUCAACAUCUUUUUCAUCUCAUCAUAUAUCAUUUCCCAGAAGUUCUUUAUUUUCUUACAUUCCCAGUAUUCAAGGCUGUUAUUUGGCCAGGGGCAGAAUUUAAAAUCCAGGAAAAGUGUAAAAGGAAGAGAAACACUCUCCCUUGUUUGACCUGAGAAAUGAAGAGUUUCCACCUCCCUUCCCUGCACGCCCAAAAUUGUAUUGAUUUCCAAAUAUAACAAGGCUUAAGAAAACAGCCUCCUCUCUUACUAGGUUCCUGAACUUUUAACAGCAGGCCGACAUGUGCAGAUUUAGGAAACAAAGGUUUUUCUUUUCACUUUAGUUUCCUGCCAGGAAACUCUUCCUCAUUUCUGUGUGAUAGAUUGCUGUUAUCCUGGGAUAUUUAUUAUUAUUAUUUACCAAAGGGUCACAUGGAAACGUUUUAAAUAUAUUAAUAGCAUCCUAAUUCAGUGAGAGGUCUAGGUGCUGGUAAAGGGACAAAGACAGGCCAUCCUUAUUUCUUUUGCUCAAUUUCCAUCCUUUUUUCUAACAAUGAAGGCAUAGGAGAUGGGCCAGGAUAAACUAGGUGAACGUAAUGAGAUUCAGUCUCAGAUCAGUAAUGAACUGAUGGGACAACUUUGCCCUUUCCUGUUGCUGAUCUUUCCCGUUUUGUAAAAAGGCGACAAUAGUAAGCUUUCCUUGCAGGGAUUUUGUGAAGAUUUAUUAAGGCAAAAAUAGAGGUGCCUGUCCUUAAGCUUGGCUAUAAGGAGGCUAAACAAUAAGGUACUGAGUGGGACGCGGGUGGCACUUUGGGUUAAACCACAGAGCCUAGGACUUGCCGAUCUGAAGGUCGGUGGUUCGAAUCCCCGCGACGGGGUGAGCUCCCGUUGCUUUGUCCCUGCUCCUGCCAACCUAGCAGUUUGAAAGCACAUCAAAGUGCAAGUAGAUAAAUAGGUAUCGCUCCGGCGGGAAGGUAAACGGUGUUUCCGUGCGCUGCUCUGGUUUGCCAGAAGUGGCUUAGUCAUGCUGGCCACAUGACCCGGAAGCUGUACGCCGGCUCCCUUGGCCAAUAAAGCGAGAUGAGCGCCACAACCCCAGAGUCGGCCACGAGUGGACCUAAUGGUCAGGGGUCCCUUUACCUUUAGCUUUAACCUUGGCUAUAAGGAGGCUAAACAAUAGGGUACUGAGUGGGAAUGGUCAAAGAAGCAUCAUGAACAGGAGCAGGAAACCUGAUUUUAAGAAAUUGUAUUAAAUUAAAUUAAUUUGGCUUGAUUUGUAAUAAUUGGGAAAAUUAAUAAAAAUAAUUUUUUAAAAGAAGCAGCAGCCAAAUAAUAAUAAUAAUAAUUUAUUUGUACCCCACCCAUCUGGCUGGGUUUCCCCAUCUCCCAAUAGAAUAUUAAAAACACGAUAAGACAUCAAACAUUAAAAACUUCCCUAAACAGAGCUGCCAUCAGAUGUUUUCUAAAAGUCAGAUAGUUGUUUAUUUCCACAGGGCAGGGGCCACUACCAAGAAGGCCCUCUGCCUGGUUUCCUGCCAAGAUGUUUCCAGAGCUUUGGGGCUUAUGUUUAGCAAAAGGAUGUCUUGAAGAAAGCUUGACUGUGAGCUCCUUUCUCGCAGGAACGGGUGCUGUGUGCUUUCAUUGCACAGAGAUCCCUUAGUAGAUUCUGCAGCCAGCAGCAAAGCGAUUAGAUUCUCGGGCUGCAUGCCAGGAUCCCACCCCAGAACUUGCACUUGCUUGUAAGUUUAGAAAAUGAGUCACUUCCUUGCUGCUCAGCUCUGCUUUUGCGAGAUACCCCUGGCAGAGUUUUCAUCUGGAAGACGCUUGCUUUUUUUUCUGGGCACUGGAAAAAAGAUUCGUGGCGGCUGAGCUUGCAGAAUGAUACAAAGCCCAGAAACCACGUUUCAGGCAGAGACAGAAUUCACUAGAUAUUAGUGGUCCACAGACAACAAAGCAAGGUUUGGUUUCUAAGGAGCAAACAUAUUUUUAAAAAAUAAAUCAAUAAGUUAUUUCUUCAGAAAAGGAAUGCCAAACAAUCCUAUUUCAGCUGCAACUGAGGGCUGUUUCAUAUAUUGUCAGCUAGAAACCUGGGCCAGCAGCCAAGCUGACUGCCCUUAUAUGAUCUUUUUAUUUCCUGCGUUUAUACUUUCUGUGUACAUUUUUUAAAAAUCUUCAAGUAUCCACUGCUUGUUAAACUAAAUUUAGCAAGCCAGUAGAAUUAUAUGAGUGGAUUGCAUUAAUUUCCUCAGACCAAUUAUAUCCGCGCCAUCUUAUACCAUUAAAAAAAACUGUAAAAGAGCAGUUUAACUAGAUUGCCAAGAAGAAGAAUACUUCCUAACAGGGAGAAAAAUGUGAGCACACUAAAAUGCGGAAAGCAUAGCUGACUCGUUCACGGCUGGUUCACAAUGGUAGUAGCCUGUCCUUCCUCGGUUUCCGCAAACUUCACAUCAGGGUACAUUUUCAUUUUUGUCAAAUUAUCCCUGAUUUGCCAGGGGUGUUUUUAAAGAGUCACACCCACCACAGCUGCACAGCCGGUGGCAACAAGUUAAAGACAGCUGUGUGGGCUGGAUGGCUGCCACAAUUCUCCAUGAUUAAAUGCCUAAGGUUGCAAUCCUGGCCCCCACCCCCAAAUGCUGAUUCUUGCCUCUGCUUGUGGGGGAGCUCCGUUGUUGCAGGAGCCCUGAGCUUUUACCCCUGUGGUCAGGAAGCUACUUUCCCGGGGUUAGACUAGAUGGCCCUCGUGGUCCCUUCCAACUCAAUGAUUCCGUGAUCUGUGAGUUUCAGGGUCCAAUGCUGGAUCCGAAAGCCCCACAGAUCUCCCGAGGGGCCCGAUCUUUGGAGCUGGUACAGCGAAAAAGAAAAAAAGUGCCUACCUUUUGUUUUGCCCUGAAGGAGUUGGCAGGAUUGUAAGCACGGCAGUGAAUACAAAACACUGUGGCUUUUCCAUUGCCUCUCGCUAGGAAUAUUGGUGGAGCAAUCCCAGCCUUAGGUUCAUUUCCCUUGCUUUAGCAACGGCACUGUUGAGCCUGGAGCAGGAGUGGCUAACCGCUGGGGCUGCAGAUAUUUUGGGACUCCCAACAUCCAUCAGCGCCAGCCAGCAUAUUCCUCCCCCCCCCAAUUAUAGGUGGCGCUGUGGGUUAAACCACAGAGCCUAGGACUUGCCUAUCAGAAGGUCGGUGGUUUGAAUCCCCAUGAUGGGGUGAGCCCCCGUUGCUCGGUCCCUGCUCCUGCCAACCUAGCAGUUCGAAAGCAUGUCAAAGUGCAAGUAGAUAAAUAGGUACCACUCCGGCGGGAAGGUAAACGGCGUUUCCAUGCGCUGCUCUGGUUCGCCAGAAGCGGCUUAGUCAUGCUGGCCACAUGACCCGGAAGCUGUACGCCGGCUCCCUCGGCCAAUAAAGCGAGAUGAGCGCCACAACCCCAGAGUCGGUCACGACUGGACCUAAUGGUCAGGGGUCCCUUUACCUUUACUAUAUUUCAUUAAGUUUCAACAUUUUAACAUGUAUAGUCAUAACACGAUUUUGUCUUUCAUUUUUGUCGGCUUCCUGCCCCUUUUCCCAUGGAGUUCUUUUAUCCUCCCCUUCUGUCACACCUCACCUUUUAUCUAUCGCAUCAUAACCACAAUAUUAUAAUCUAAUUACUUUUGUUGCUCAUAGCUCAAAUCCUACUCGCAGGUUCAUCAUACUAUAAUAUUUCUUUAACUAGUCCGAAAAAGGCAACCAUUCUUCCACAAAACACUCAUCAUAAGAUUCCCUGUUUUCCUGAUCAUUUUGUUGGUUCUGCUUAGUCCAUUAUCCAUUCUUCUUUGGUUGGAACUUCUUCUUCCUUCCAUUUCUGUGCAUAUACCAUAUUGGCCCGAAUAUAAGCCGCACCUUUAAAAUUCAAGGGGGGGGGGAGGAAAGGCAAUACCCAUAUAUAAGCGACUCCCUUAAAAUUCUGCAGGCACUCACACCCGUAAAUGGCAAAUGUAGAAGAAAAUCCCACACAGCAAUAUCGUAAAAGCCAUUUUUUGUAAGGUCGCGACUUUAAGCCGCACUUUAACUUUUCACGGUAGGAAUCUGGAAAAAAAAGUGUGGCUUAUAUUUGGGCCAAUACAGUAAAAUCCUAGUUGCUUUAAUAUUUUUUUUGGGGGGGCGGAUUUCUGCCAGCAUAUUCAACAGUCUGUGAUUGUGGUCCAAUGGCAUCUGAGGGGCACCACUGGUCUAAAGACUCUAAAGGGCUCAGGUAAAGUCAACUUUUGCGAACCUUUUGAAGAGAUGAAGUUGUUGAGCCGGACUGUUUCAGUGAGUGAAAAGGUUGCAUGUAGAUGGGGGACAAAGCUUGCAGGCACUGACAGGCCUGUGUGUGUGUGUUUCAGGUCAUCAAAGAACCGCCACCGCCACCCCCAAUGGAACCUGUAAGUAUGUUGUUACUCAAGCUGUUACCCUGGAAGAAGCAUCAUUCCCAUAGGGCAGGGGUACCUUUUUCAGCUGUGGUCCGGUCCACUGUCCCUCAGACCACGUGGUGGGCUGGAUUAUAUUCCUAUGCCCCACAAAUAACCCAGAGAUGCAUUUUAAAUAAAAGGACACAUUCUACUCAUGUCAAAACACCAGGCAGGCCCCACAAAUAACGCAGAGAUGCAUUUUAAAUAAAAGAACACAUUCUACUGAUGUCAAAACACGCUGAUUCCCGGACCGUCCGCAGGCCGGAUUGAGAAGGCGAUUGGGCCGCAUCCGGCCCCCUGCGCCUUAGGUUGCCUACCCCUGCCGUAGGGGUUUCUGGGAAUGGCAGCGAAUGGGGCAGGCUAGGUAGGGAGAAUAGUCUCCCAUUAAUUUAUCCAGUAAGUGAGCGAUUGCAAAGUGAAACUUCCAGUUCUCCGGGAUGGAAAACAACACAGUUUCCAUUUCGUUUCUAUGGGGAAAAGAAAGGGCUGUCUAGCUCAGGCUUCCCCAACCUCGGCCCUCCAGAUGUUUUGGGACUACAACUCCCAUGAUCCCUAGCUAGCAGGACCAGUGGUCAGGGAUGAUGGGAAUUGUAGUCUCAAAACAUCUAGAGGGCCGAGGUUGAGGAAGCCUGGUCCAGCUCUACCAUUGGAGCUUCCCUCUUUUUUCCCCGUCCCUCAGAAGGAAACAGGAAUGGCGUCGUUUUCUUUUCCUUGGGAUAUUUGGGGUCACACUGGGCUGCACUCUGCCGCCAGCUUCCUUUUGCUUAAUGCAGGCUUUUGUUUUUAAGGAAAAGGAAAAGAGGCACCUUCUCCAACCAGUAUCUACAUUAGUGAUACUCAACACUUUUCCAGCUGAAUCUGUUUGGCUGGCGCAGGGUAACGCCAGUUAUCCACGCCAGAGCUAGCACACUUAAAACGGAAGAGGAGUCCCAGCAGCGUUAAAACUGUGUAAACGGGAGCGUGGGUGUACGAGUGCAGGCGCUGUUCAGUGUAAAUAAGCGUAACAUGAUGCAUAUUGGUGCAAAAACACCUGAUACAGACUAGUGGAGUUUGAGCUGGCAGUGACAGACCAGGAAAGUCUGAGGGGUAAUUUGCUUCCAGAUGCAGUAAUAUCUUCCACAAGAAACCACGAUCAAAAUAAUAGUUGUUUAACUGGAGCAAUGAAUAAACAGGAGUUUGCGAGAAAUGUGGAUAGUUUCAAAAGUAUAUAAUAAAUACAGUGGUACCUCAGGUUAAGUACUUAAUUUGUUCCGGAAGUCCGUUCUUAACCUGAAACUGUUCUUAACCUGAAGCACCACUUUAGCUAAUGGGGCCUCCUGCUGCCGCCACCGGAGCACGAUUUCUGUUCUCAUCCUGAAGCAAAGUUCUUAACCUGAGGUAAUAUUUCUGGGUUAGCGGAGUCUGUAACCUGAAGCGUAUGUAACCUGAAGUGUCUGUAACCCGAGGUACCACUGUAAGGUCAUAUUUUAUUAAUGCAUAGCCCUUUAGAAUAUCUAGCAUUAUAACGUAAUGAAUCUAACGCUUUAUAACGUUAGAUUUAUAACGCAUUAUAACGUUUUAGAAUCUAAAUGGAUUUUUGAAGCUCUCUCUGUAUUUGAUUACAGAUAAAUAGCCUUGGCUAAAAAGGCAAAGAGCCCCUCUCUCCUUCUUUUUUUUAUGCCCUGGAAGGAGCUGCAGCUGGGAAAACAACGAGGUUUCUGUUUGCCGCCAGGCUAUGAAUGCAGACAUGCAAAGCCAAGAAUAGAGAUUUCAGAUGCCUGCUAGUUGACCAAGCUACUUCCUGAGAAUAUACACACACAGAUCGCUCUCCCUUUCCGUAUCUUUCCCACAGGAGUCAGAUGAUGAAGAUGGGUUUCCAAAGAAAAAGUGGCCUACAGUGGAUGCAUCAUAUUAUGGAGGGAGAGGUGUUGGUGGAAUCAAAAGAAUGGAGGUAUUGCAUUUGUUCUGAAGCCUGGGUGGGGCUCCUAAUUGCGUCUGCAAAACUCCUCACAUACACAAGCAAACUUAAGUUUGCUUAAUGUGACCAUGCACAUUCGGAUGAUCGGUGUUGAGGACAGGCAGGAUCCAAUCUCAAAGUUUGAGAAAUCUUCGUAAUUUGGGGCCUUCAAUCAAUCACCUGUUAGUGCCAGGCAAGCUGAUACAUGGGUGUCACAGGGACACAGGUGGCGCUGUGGUCCAAACCACUGAGCCUCUUGGGCUUGCCGAUCGGAAGGUUGGCGGUUCGAAUCCCCACGACGGAGUGAGCUCCCGUUGCUCUGUCCCAGCUCCUGCCAACAUAGCACUUUGAAAGCACACCAGUGCAAGUAGAUAAAUAGUAAAUAAAAGACAAAGAUUAGGACUAGGACUAGCCACCUGAGAAACAGUUUCUAUCCAAAUGCGAUUUUAGUUUUAAACGCAGUGUAAGGAGUCUCUAGGGACGCGGGUGGCGCUUUGGGAUAAACCACAGAGUCUAGGACUUGCCGAUCAGAAGGUCGGCAGUUCGAAUCUCCACAAUGGGGUGAGCUCCCGUUGCUCGGUCCCUGCUCCUGCCAACCUAGCAGUUUGAAAGCACAUCAAAGUGCAAGUGGAUAAAUAGGUACCACUCCGGCAGGAAGGUAAACAGCGUUUCCAUGCGCUGCUCUGGUUCGCCAGAAGCAGCUUAGUCAUGCUGGCCACAUGACCUGGAAGCUGUACGCCGGCUCCCUCGGCCAAUAAAGCAAGAUGAGCGCUGCAACCCCAGAGUUGGUCAUGACUGGACCUAAUGGUCAGGGGUCCCUUUACCUUUAAGGAGUCUCUAUGGGAGUAUAUUGUAUUUUAAAAAUGGGGUAUCAGAGUUUUCAGGGGGCUAACCAGGUUGGGAUAGCUGGGAUAGCAGCCUUGCUGGUUUUGAAUGUCUUAUGUAGAUUCCCCCCCCCCCAAUUUUGUUCUGUAUGGAGCAGUGACAAUAAAGAUUAUUGUAUCGUAUCGUAUCAUAUUGUAAAUAGCCACUGCUGCAGCAGGAAGGUAAACGGCGUUUCCAUGUGCCCUGGUUUCCGGCACGGUGUUCCAUUGCUGGCCACAUGACCCAGAAAGCUGUCUGGGGACAAAUGCUGGCUCCCUUGGCCUGAAAAGUGAGAUGAGCGCCACACCCCCAGUCGCCUUUGACUGGAGUUAACCGUCUAAGGAUCCUUUACCUUUACCUUUUACAUGGAUGUCAACAUGGGCAAUUCAUUUAUCAAGCCAGAUUCUCUACUGAUGGCGUCAGUGGAGCAAUAUUGGUGUUAUGCCUGAUCGUUCCUGGCCCACACGUCACAAACUAACAAUUUUAUAAGAAUAAUUUUAUUUUUUUUAAUUUUAUUUUUACCCCGCCCAUCUGACUGGGUCGCCCUGGCCACUCUGGGUAAACCCCAAAGUAUUUUGCACUUGGACCCAUGGGAAAUCUCAAGGUAAUCCAGUAGUGACAGGUUUUUCAGGUUUCACAUUUCUACUGAAAUCAUAUAACCAGUGGGUUUUUUGUGUGGGUUUUUUUAAUGUUUAGGGGUACUCUCAUUUUGACUCAAGAAUAUCACCAUUUUAUAGUUCAAAUUGGGAAAAGUAAAUACAGUAAAUGGACAAAAGUACAAAGAACAUGCAUUACCUCAUAUUGCACAGCUGACAGUAACUUCCACAUUGGCAUGAGGUUGUGUGCACUAACAUCUUCCCAAAACUAACCAAUCACAGUCCUAGAUUCCAAUUCCUACUUCACACAUUAAACGCUCACUUCCAUCUGAGACUCAGGAAACACCGUGGCAGGAAAUGAGGCCGCCAUCGGGGGUGGCAACGGAACUGACGAUUCACCGUGCUAGAGGAGAAACUAAAAAAUUUAAAAUUUUUAGUUUCUUCUCCCAUUAGAUUCACAAAAUGUUUUAGGGGUACGCAUACCCCUGUGUCCCCCCAGGAAAAAAGCACUUCAUAUAACGAAACUAGGAUGAGAUCACUGUAAUUCUUAAAAGUUCAAGGACAUAACCAGUUUUAAGCAGAUGCGAAUUCGUAAUUAAAAAAUAAUACUGAAGUACGGAAGCAUAAAUGGUAUAGAAUGAGACUACCCCUGCCCCCAUCCCCCCAAAAUAAAUAGAAAUUCAAUCUGAGAUAGAAAUUCAAAAUUAUAUAUAUAAUUUUUAUUAGUUUUUUUAACAUAUCAUUUUCAACAGUAAUUAAACAUACUUUUACAUCUUAUUCAAAUUUUUGACUUCCAUCAAUCCUGUCUGAAAAUUCUCCAAUCUAAUCUCUCAGUAUCCAUUUCUUAUCUUCCCUAUUACAUUUCAAACUCAUAACCAAUAUCUCUAUCUUUUUCUACUUUGUAACACUUCGUAUAUUUCUCCUUACAAAACUUCUUGUAGUCCUACUAGCGUAAUUUAUUGAUUACAGUUGCUCUUCAAAUAAUUCAUAUACUUAUUCCAAUCUUCUGUAAAUCUCUGGUCCCGGGGGUUUCAAAUCCUUCCUGUCAUUUUGUCCAAUUCUGCGUAGUCCAUUAAUGUCGCCUGCCAUUCUUCUUUCAUCGGAAUUUCUUCUUGUUUCCAUUUCUGGGCUAGCAAUACUCUUGCCACAGUUGUUGCAUAUAAAAACAAUUUAACAUCUUGCCUAUUAAUGUCCUGACCUAUAACACCAAGUAAAAAUGCUUCUGGUUUUUUUAAAAAAUGUAUAUUUCAGCAUCUUUUUCAUCUCAUUAUAUAUCAUUUCCCAUAAGUUCUUUACUUUUUUACAUUCCCACCACAUAUGAGAAAAUGUUCCUUCUUUUUCUUUACAUUUCCAACAUUUAUUAUUUGUCUUAUACAUUUUAGCUAAUUUCACUGGUGUAAUAUACCAUCUUUACAUCAUUUUCAUCAUAUUCUCUUUCAAAGCAUUACAGGCUGUAAAGAGAUAGAAAUUCAAAAUGAGAAAAACAUAAUAUGCAUGACUUGGGGGGAAAUUAUGAAAAGUGUUAACCAUGGGUAAUGGUAGUGCUGUUAGAAAAAUAAUAGAAGAGUCAAAUGAAACUGCAUAAACAUUUGUGGACUAAAGCCUUAUCAGGUACAUGAGGAAGUCUUAUUCUCUUGCACAUACAGCUGUGGAGGGGAAAAAUAUAAAACAGUGGGGUCAGAUGGCAGUCAAAUGCGAAAACAAGACCCGUGACAAUUCAUCUGGCUAUUUUCCCAGUCAAAAUCGCAAACACCUCACACACAAAAACCCGAUUUCCCACCUGCAAGAGAGAAUAUCCCAUUCCGUUGUGUUUUACCUUAAUCAGGUGAGAUGGGGUGACAAAGGAUCGACAGAGGAAGGAGCAAAACUAGAGAAGCCCAAAAAUGCUGUCAUCAAAUUGCCAGAAGAGGAAUUUGAACCCUGGGAACCCAAGCCAAAGAGAGAUCACCCCCGGAGGUUGCCCUCCGAAAGGAAAUGGUACACUCCCAUUAAGGUAACGCACGUAUUUGAUUUUCUUCUAGGUUUUGCCAGACACCCGCUCCCAGAAUUGAACACCAGAACGGCCACCGUCGUUCUUUGCCAUGAUCUUCUUAGGGACUUGCUCUCAUGCACAUAUUAACUGUAAAGAAAGAAACCAAUCCAGUUCUUAAUUUUAUUAAAUUUUUAUAUGCUGCCCAAGAAGCAGAGAAGUGGGAGCGGUUUCAGGCAAGAUCUCGUGUGAUCUUGCCAGAACCUGCCACCAUUGUUGCUGCUUCGUGGGCACCACCACGGGAUCCAGGUAAGAGUGGCAGCGGCAGGAAGGCAACUUCCUGUUUUGCCUCAGGCGGCAAAAUGGGGUGGGCUGCCUCACUGCAAAACAGUGAUACCCCUUUUUUUCUGUGAUUGCGAGUUGUUUUCAACUCUUUUAAUCUUGUGUUUUGCCGCUGUAACCUGCCUUGGGACCUUAGGGUGAAAGGCAGGUAAUUACAAUUCAUAAUACAGUUGUACCUUGGUUCUCAAAUGCCGUGGUAUUCGGACGUUUUGGCGCUCGAACGCCAAAAACCCGGAAGUAAGUGUUCCGGUUUUCGUACGUUUUUUGGAAACCGAACGUCGGUCGCGGCUUCCAAUUGAGUGCAAGAAGUUCCUGCAGCCAAUCGGAAGCCGUGCCUUGGUUUUUGAACGGUUUCGGGAGUCGAACGGACUCCCAGAAUGGAUUAAGUUCGAGAACCAAGGUUCCACUGUAAUAAUAAUAUAAAAGUCCCAAGGCAAGGCAGGCAAAUGCUACAAGCAGUCCACUAAAAUUAUGUGAAUAGGGCAAGUUAUGAGUUAUGUGUAAAUAAUAUUUGCCUGUUUAAUAGGCCCUUGAUCUGAUUGCCAUGUUGUUAAGAUUUAUGAAAUAUUUUGUUAGAAUUUUUUCAGAAAUGUGGGUAACAGUUGGGAUUCCAGCCAAAUCUAGCCAAUGUGGUUAAUGAUCAAGGAUGACGGUGUUGCCGUCCAACCAUACCUGGGGGACCAGUGUUGGGAAAUGCUGUUUUGUCCUGCCCAAUAUGAUUCCUGUGCAAUAGAUUAAUAUGUCUGAACUGCUUAGAAUGGCUAAAGACCUCAAAUGCUGUUUCAAAAGACUGGUGCAUCUUAAUUCUGUCUUAAAUCAAAGUGGUGCUGGCCUUUAAAGCCCUAAUCGGCCUUGGCCCAGUAUACCUGAAGGAGCGUCUCCACCCGCCUGGAUGCAAUUGUAUGCAAUUGAUGAGGGGGACUGAGCAUCGCCCCCUCCCCUCCUGUCUUCAAGACUUACACUCCAUCACUGCUGGGACUUCUCUCAAAGCCCAACUUCAAUAGGGACAGUAAGAUGGGAUAGCAAGAAGAGUGUUUCAGGCUGCAGGUGGCAGUGAGGUAAUAAGGAAACAAAAGCGGUCUUACACUCACACAUCUCUUUCUUGACUUUAAAAUUAACCCCCCACCCCAUCCACCCAGCCUCUGCUUUAGAUGUAAGUGGUCAGGAAUAAACAAGGUUGGCAGCCCCUGUCAAACCCAGUUCAUGUUCCCUUGAGUAUACCUGAAGGAGCGUCUCCACCCCCAUCGUUCAGCCUGGACACUGUGGUCCAGCUCCGAGGGCCUUCUAGCAGUUCCCUCCCUGCGAGAAGUGAAGCUACAGGAAACCAGGCAGAGGGCCUUCUUGGUGGUGGCGCCCGCCCUGUAGAACGCCCUUCCAUCAGAUGUCAAGGAAAUAAACAGCUAUCUGACUUUUAGAAGACAUCUGAAGGCAGCCCUGUUUAGGGAAGUUUUUAACGUUUGAUGUUUUAUUCUGUUUAUUAUUCUGUUAGGAGCCGCCCAGGGUGGCAGGGUAUAAAUUAUUAUUAUUAUUAUUAUUAUUAUUAUUAUUAUUAUUAUUAUUAUUAUAUUUGCUGUCCCAUUUGCCCCAGCUGGACUGAUUCCUGAUUAUUAUUAAUUCUGCAAAGGCUACUAGAUUUGAAAAGCCAGCUGUGUGACCAGGUACAAUAGCAACCCUAAACUCCGAGCCUAAGUUUUCAAAAGGAACACAACCCCUUGUUGAACAUGCAAGAUAAAAAUCCUCUUUGGAAGAACCUCUUUCUUGCCUGAAUUUAGUUUCAGUUUGCUAGUCCUCACGUAGCUCAUUGCUGACAUCAAACCAGUCUAGGAAACCUACCGUUUCCGAUGUACAAUAUGUCGAUCAUUUCUUAUUUCAGGGCAAGCUGGAUGCUCUCUGGGCCCUUGUUCGACGAGGCUAUGAUCAAGUUUCUCUAAUGAGACCACAGCCUGGGGAUAAGGUAAGGUUUUAUAAGUGCCUUGACACGUCACUUCCUUCUUGUCAGAGACAAUGCUUUUCAUCUUUCUCUCUGUCUUUGUGUCCUAUCGAAUUCCUGUUAAAACUAAACGUUUUCAAUCUAAAAGUAUCUAUUAUCAUUCUGCAUUAGUCUGAACCCCAAAGCCAUAACUGGAUCCUGUUUUAUUAUUUAACAUGCAAUCAACAAUAUCUUUUUUAUAUGCCUGUUGUCUUUGGCCAUGGAGUUUUCUUGGCAGGGAUACUGGAGUGGCUUGCCGGUUCCUGCUCCAGGUGGAUCAUGUUUGGUCAAAACUCUCCACUAUGACCUGUCCAUCUCGGGUGCCCUGCUCGGCAUAGUUCAUAGCUUCUCUGAGUUAUUCAAACCCCUUCGCCACGGCAAGGCAGUGAUCCAUGAAGGGGUCUCUCUUCUCAUGAGGUGGAGACUCCAAUACUUUGGCCACCUCAUGAGAAGAGAAGACUCCCUGGAAAAGACCCUGAUGUUGGGAAAGAUGGAGGGCACAAGGAGAAGGGGACGACAGAGGAUGAGAUGGUUGGAUAGUGUUCUCGAAGCUAUCAGCAUGAGUUUGACCAAACUGGGGAGGCAGUGGAAGACAGGAGUGCCUGGCGUGCUCUGGUCCAUGGGGUCACGAAGAGUCGGACACGACUAAACAACAACAAUAUCUUCCAGCUGGUUCACAAUGAAAAAAUAAUUAAAUACUGCAUUCCAAAACUAAAACAAUCAGUUAAAAGAUAGACCAACAAACAAAUCACCAUUGAUACCAAGAAAGGUCCUAAAACAGAUUAUUGAACAGUUGGUCUGUGAGCACUUAGAAAAGGAUGCUGUGAUUACUAAGCGGCAGCAUGUUUUUCUCAAAAACAAGUUAUGCCAGACGAUUCUCCUUUUUUGAUGCAGUUCCAGCUUGGUGGAUCAGGGGAAUGCUGUGAAUGUAGUAUAUUGUGACUUCAGUAAGGCUUUUGACAAAGUCGCCCAUGAUAUUCUGGCAGAGAAGCUGGUGAAACGUGGACUAGAUGAGUAACUGUUAGGUGGAUUUGUAGCUGGUUAAGUGACCGAACCCACAGAGUGGUUCUUCAUUGUCCGGGGAAAAAGUGACGAGUGGGGUGCUACAAGGUUCUGUCCUGGGCCUGCUGUUCAAUGUCUUUAUAACUGACUUGGAUGGAGGAAUUGAGCGGAUUCUAACCCAAUUUGCAAAUGUCACCAAACUGGGAGGGAUAGCUCAUACUGCAGAAGACAGAAUUGGGAUUCGAGAUGAACGUAACAGAUUUGAGAACUGAGCCCAAACUGACAAAAUGCAUUUCAAUAGGGACAAAUGUCAGUUUGUGCACUUAAGCAGGAAGAACCAGGUGCACAAAUAUAAGAUGGUUUGCCUGCAUCAACAAAGUAUAGUGUCCUGAUCAAGGGAAGUAAUAGUCCUGCUUUAUUCUGCAGUGGGGAGGAAGAAGCAGCCAAGAUACAUUCCGAACAUCGCGAUAUAUCAACAUAUCACAAUAUUUAGCUGCUGAGGUGGGGUGAAAUAGCACACAAUUUUGUUGCCCAUAAAAAGGCAGAUGAAACGUUAUGGGUUAUUUGAAGAGGAGUAAUACAAAAAUUAUGGGACGCGGAUGGUGCUGUGGGUUAAACCACAGAGCCUAGGACUUGCUGAUCAGAAGGUCGGCACUUUGAAUCCCCGCGACGGGGUGAGCUCCCGUUGCUCGGUCCCUGCUCCUGCCAACCUAGCAGUUUGAAAGCACGUCAAAGUGCAAGUAGAUAAAGAGGUACCGCUCCGGCGGGAAGGUAAACGGCGUUUCCGUGCGCUGCUCUGGUUCGCCAGAAGUGGCUUAGUCAUGCUGGCCACACGACCCGGAAGCUGUACGCUGGCUCCCUCGGCCAAUAAAGCGAGAUGAGCGCCGCAACCCCAGAGUCGGUCACAACUGGACCUAAUGGUCAGGGGUCCCUUUACCUUUAAUACAAAAAUUGUGUUGUGCUGCAUUGCAAUGUAGCGCUGUGCCUUCCCUCCCCACCCCUGUCCCUAAAGUACUGUGUGCAGUUGCAGUUAUGCCACAGUUUUAUGACUGUGGCAACAAUGAGGCUUCUGGCAUAAGGAUGGGGCAGGCUUCCCAUGUAAGCUAAAUCUCUGCGGGUAGCGGAGGGGGGUGGAGAGAAGCUUGCCUUAUGGAGCCCUGACCUUGUCCUUCUCAGAUUCUCCUUUGAUUUGGUUUUCGAAAAGAAUCUGCCCUAGUAUGCAUUUCAGCAAAUAACCACACAGGAAAUUCCCCAAGCCCUGGUUGACCAAAAACCUCAGCUGAAAAGAGUCAGCAUUCGUGUUUACUCCAGCCCGGAUGGAAAAGCCCGCCAUUUGUAUCUGAAAAAUGCAUGCCCUCUGUUGCUGAACACCAUCCCAUACAUGUCUACUCCCAUCGUAUUCAAUGAGGUUUCUUUUUUAAUAAUAGAAAACAACAACCAGUGCUAAGUGUGGCCUAGCCACUAAUCAGAACCAUAGCUGUCAACUUACAGAUUUGAAAAUAAGGGACCAGCAGCCUCGAAAAUAAGGGAUCAGCAGCCAAAAUAAGGGAUUUGGGCUUAGCUUAUACAGAAAUCCGGCACUGAUGAAGCCAUGCUGCUUUUGCUGCAACUGACUAUGUUUUGCCGGUGGUUGGACUAGAUGAUCCUAAGGGUCUACAACUCCCACCAAAGAAGAGUGGCAGACAAAUGAUGAUGAACGACGUUGAGAUGGCAAAGCUUACAGGCAGAAUUAGAAACCAGGAAGAGGACCUCUUUAAUAAAGAAUGGGGAAAGUUUAUAAUUUAGUUGAAAAGCUAUUGUCAAGAUACAUUGUCAUUACAUUGUCAAUACAUUGGUAGGAUUGACUGAAAACUUGUAGUAAAAAUUUGAACUAUGGAUGGACAAAUAAUUUAUAAAAAUAGAGUUAUGAAAGGGAUGCAGGGGGGGAAAUCACUACAUUACGAUGCUGCACUGGUUGGAGGGGAUGCUAAGCAGCACGUCGGGGCUGCCAUUGUCCUGGGGCGAGGAGUUCCAUUGGCCCUUCCCCGCCCAAGAGAGGGGGAGGGAGAGAGACUGUCGCCCACGCAUCCCGUGAGCCUGGCAUGAGGCAGUUGCGGCGCCACCGCGGCCCUGAAGUGCUGCCCUUCUGCGUCCCUCCCUAUCUCCUCCUCUUCCUCCUCCCUCAGGCCGCCUCCUCAGCCGCCGCCUCCGCUGCCACGUCCAGCUUCCCCUGGCAGCGCGGCGGAAGUAUCGCAAGAGAGGGGCUCCCUCGGCCAAUAAAGCAAGAUGAGCGCCGCAACCCCAGAGUCGGCCAUGACUGGACCUAAUGGUCAGGGGUCCCUUUACCUUUACCUUUAAUACGUACAAGCGUUUACAAUUUAAGUGAAUUAAAUUGCUGUACUUAACAACCUUUGCUUAAAAACCUCCCAAGGAAGGAGAGUCCACCACCUUCUGAGGGAGACUAUUCCACUGUCGAACAGCUCUUACCGUCAGAAAGGUCUUCCUGACAUUUAGUCGGAAUCCCCUUCCUUGUAACUUGGAGCCGUUGGUUCCGGUCCUACCCUCCGGAGGAGGAGAAUACGAGCUUGCUCCAUCUUCCAUGGGACAGUCCUUUAGAUAUUUGUAGAUGGCUUUUAAAAGAAAAUAGAAAGAGCAAGUGGGAGCACAGUCAAGGACUAACGUGUGCUUUUUAUUUUUAAAAGCCAUCCAGAUAAAAUCACACCUUGCUCAAAGGGCACAUCAUUUAGUUGAGCUCUGAGAAAAGAAGGCACAAAGGCCAUAUCCUUUCCCCUCUGCUUGACCCCAGCAUCUGAUUGAGAGUCAUGGCUAAUAACUGUAGAAUAAAUCUGUGAAUUUAUCUAAUUUUCCAUGAGUUUGUGAGUCACAUGUGACCAGCUUGUUUCCCUGUUACCGCCGCGCAGUUCCUGCGGGGUUUCUGAUCCCACGAGUGUCUCCUGCUGUUUUUGAAAAUGACAACAUUCUGGAUAUAAUAGAUAAUUCGCUGGGGAGAGCUUUGCAUAGCCUCAUUGCUCUCUUUCAGUGCUUCCUAGACUAGACUUUUGUUGCCAUGACAAGUGACUUGUAUGCCUCCCAGCUUGAUGCAUAUGCUUAAUAUCAGUGACACUGUCUUAAUGUUUCCUGAUGUUUGCUGACCGUGAUUUCUGGGUGUCCUAGUCUAGGGGUAGAGCACUUCAAUGAUAUAAAGCAAGUGGGCCCAGAAGUAUAAUAGCUAGAUGACUGCAGUCAACAAAUCAGUUUUUGGCGUAGGCCAGUCUAAUAGGAUCUGUGUUUUGGGUGCUCAAGAAUCCGGAGCGUUCCAUGCUCUGGCCAGGCAUUACAGUGGUGCCUCGCAAGACGAAAUUAAUCCGUUCCGUGAGAGUCUUCGUCUAGCGGUUUUUUCGUCUUGCGAAGCAAGCCCAUUGACGGAUUAGCGCUAUUAGCGCUAUUAGCGGUUUAGCGGCUAUUAAAGGCUUAAAGGCUUAGGGGAUUAGCUGCUAAAAGGCUAUUAAAGGCUAUUAAAGGCUUAGCAGAUUAGAUAAAGGGGGGGGAAAGCGAAAAAAAAUCUCAAGACUCGCAAGAUAUUUUUGUCUUGCGAAGCAAGCCCAUAGGGGAAUUCGUCCUGCGAAGCAACUUCAAAACGGAAAACCCUUUCGUCUAGCGGUUUUUCCGUCUUGCGAGGCAUUCGUCUUGCGGGGCACCACUGUAUUUGGUUCCUUACCCAGAAUGGAGGGAAGUGUUUCAUAGGUGAGGAAUCGUGGAAUUCUAGAGUUAGAAGGGACCCCUGGAGCCAUCUAGUCCACCCCCUGCAAUGCAAAAGCAGACCAUUUGCUGGUCGUAAAUGAAUUGGCUUUGAGUGAUUUGCCAAAGAGCACCAUGGGCUUGCAACACAGCUGAAAAUCUGCCUCUUAUGUCCCAUACCCCUCGAGUUUUCAAGUAUAUUCUCUGCUGCUUCGAGCAAGGCAUUGUUGUUUUUUCAUGUAAGGAUGAAACCCCAGCCAGUGUGGAAGGAGAGGAUGGUGAGAAGAUUCAAGGGCAAUCAAAGAAACAUUUAAACAUUUCAGUGUAGUGUAGUGUAGUACAGUGACAAUUUUUUUUUUUAAUUUGCAGAAUAUAGACCAGGCGUCAGCAACCUUUUUCAGCCAUGGGCCGGUCCACCGUCCCUCAGACCAUGUGGUGGGCCGGACUAUUUUGGGGGGGGGGGGAGAUGAACGAAUUCCUAUGCCCCACAAAUAACCCAGAGAUGCAUUUGAAAUAAAAGGACACAUUCUACUCAUGUAAAAACACGCCGAUUCCUGGACCGUCCGCAAGCCGGAUUUAGUAGGCGAUUGGGCCGCAUCCGGCCCCUGGGCCUUAGGUUGCCUACCCCUGAUAUAGACAUAUUUUCAAGACGAGAGCAAGAGUAUCAAGAGAUAUGGAGGACAAUCCUAGUUGUGUUUUCCAAUGUAUUUCUAACCGGUGAAAAAUUUGGUGUGGUGCGAGCAAAUUUUUAUGGCCCAGAGAACGAAGUUUGAGAACCACUGGUGUACCAUACUGAAGAUGACUUCUCAGCCCAAGCCUUCCUGAUGAUUUUACCCAGCAGUUUCCAAUUGCAUGGGUGGCAAAAAAUUGAACCUUGUGGCACAGCAUAAACUCUCCUUCCAUCACUACCCCCUGAGAACCGCCAAGGAAGAGCCAGGAUCAGUUCAGCUCCCUCCCAGUCCCAUUCCUUCCCAGCGGGUUCUCUAAAUCAGUCCAAGCAAAAUCUUUCAGUCACUUGAAUCAUCCAUGCCGAUAGAUUUCAGAAAUAUUACUUGAAAACUAUGUUUAAUACCUGAAGCUGUAUGGCCUUUUUGACAAAAAUUAUGGACAGUACUGUUGGGGACGCAGAUGGCGUUGUGGGUUAAACCACAGAGCCUAGGGCUUGCCGAUCAGAAGGUCGGCGGUUCGAAUCCACGCGGCGGGGUGAGCUCCCGUUGCUCGGUCCCUGCUCCUGCCAACCUAGCAGCUUGAAAGCACGUCAAAGUGCAAGUAGAUAAAUAGGUACCGCUCUGGCGGGAAGGUAAAUGGCGUUUCCGUGCGCUGCUCUGGUUUGCCAGAAGCGGCUUAGUCAUGCUGGCCACAUGACCCGGAAGCUGUACGCCGGCUCCCUCGGCCAAUAAAGCGAGAUGAGCGCCGCAACCCCAGAGUCGGUCACAACUGGACCUAAUGGUCAGGGGUCCCUUUACCUUUACUUAUGGACAUUACUGAGCUGAGGACAAACUUCCGCAAAAACCCCAUCACCCAGUUUGAUGCUAUUAAUUCUAGAGCUGCUCAUGUUCUGAGGCUCACCGUUUCUGUGACCUGAAGAAUGGGAGCGUCUGCUCCUCUGAGACAGUCCAGCUUAUAAAAAUAAUUUAACAAAAAAUAAUUUUCAGGGAUGUGUGGAUUAGCAUUCUAAAAUGUUUUAUUAAAUAUGUGAAGUAACUGCCUUUUUUCAGUGCAAAUGUCAGUUGAUUGUGCUCAUGUGGGAAAAGAUUUGGUUAAAUAUAGAUCUAUAAAAGCCCUCCCAUUUUUUUGUUUCCUCUGAUAAAUCGUACUGCGUAAAUGCACUUAGCAAUUAGCAGAAGCCCAGUUAUAGAAACUGUUAUUUUUUCUACCUUUUCAGCUGUGGAGAGUUGGGUUAGAGAAAGCAGGCAUGACUGAAAAACACACUACUGUCUUUAAGUUGCAGCUGUUUUAAUCGCCCUUUUGAUUAACGCUGAGGCAAAAACUGAUUUCUAAACCCAAGGCUUUGUUUCUUGCAAGCUGCAAACUGGUGUGAGUUAACCCAGGCAUACAUUAAGUGACCAACUGCGCCAGUGGCUUCCUAAUUUCCAGCUCUGCUCUCUAUGAUAAUCAGUAAAAUACCACGGGAAGCAAGGGAGGUUUUUUAAUCGGCCGUGACAGCCAGCCCAUGGCUUUUAGCAAGCAUCAAUUUCCUUAAAGCGCAACCUCCGAUACAGGCCAUCUAGUUAACAUGAAUUGCCAGUGAUCAACUUUAUUCCAAGUCCAUCUAUCUUAACAAUAAAUCUCACCACCUUCUUUUCUGCUUUGCUGGCACCGCAAGCCAGACAGAGCCCACCCGGCAAGGACCUGCCCAUCAGAAAGAAUAACCUCCCGGACUUCAUUGUGUUGGUAUAAUCAGUUGACAGAUAUGAGAUGCGUUUGCCAAGUGCCCGGGGCUGCUAACUUAGAACAGAGAGGCGCAUGUUGCUUGCGUCCGAAGCAGCGUCUCCUCAGCAAGUUCCUACAGAGACGGGCAGUGUGAAGUAUUUCUAAACCAGAGGCCUCGCAGUUGAGGGCACAGAAACUGAAAAAUUCGGAGACGGGCAUCCAUUCAGUUGUUGUUGCUGUUUAGUCGUUUAGUCGUGUCCGACUCUUCGUGACCCCAUGGACCAGAGCACGCCAGGCACUUCUGUCUUCCACUGCCUCCCAAAGUUUGGUCAAACUCAUGUUUGUAGCUUCGAGAACGCUGUCCAACCAUCUCGCCCUGUCGUCCCCUUCUCCUUGUGCCCUCCAUCUUUCCCAACAUCAGGGUCUUUUCCAGGGAGUCUUAUCUUCUCAUGAGGUGGCCAAAGUAUUGGAGCCUCAGCUUCACGAUCUGUCCUUCCAGUGAGCACUCAGGGCUGAUUUCCUUCAGAAUGGAUCGGUUUGAUCUUCUUGCAGUCCAUGGGACUCUCAAGAGUCUCCUCCAGCACCAGAAUUCAAAUGCAUCAAUUAUUCGGCGAUCAGCCUUCUUUAUGGUCCAGUUCUCACUUCCAUACAUCACUACUGGGAAAACCAUAGCUUUAACUAUACGGACCUUUGUUGGCAAGGUAUCCAUUCAGUAAGCCGCUCUAAAUGUUACUGCUGCAAAGUGGCAUUCCUGAGAUCGAGAAGUCAAAUCUUUACAGACAAGCCCUGUCUUUUUCAGAUAUAUUUUUUUUAUGUGACGGGCCUCGUGUGGCCACCCUAGUUCCAUUUUGACUGGAAACGCUUCCGGUUAUUGUUUUUUUUGUUUUGUUUUUAUUUAUUCAUAUCUCGCCUUUUCUCCAGAACCAGGCAUCUCACAGAUAUUUAAAAUUCAGGUAGGUAGCCGUGUUGGUCUGACGCAGUAGAAAUAUAUAUAAAAAUAAAAAAAUUGUCCAGUACACUGGUACCUCGGGUAAAGUAUUUAAUUCGUUCCGGAGGUCCGUACUUAACCUGAAACUGUUCUUAACCUGAAGCACCACUUUAGCUAAUGGGGCCGCCCACUGCUGCCGCGCCGCCAGAGCACAAUUUCUGUUCUCAUCCUGAAGCAAAGUUCUUAACCUGAAGCAAUAUUUCUGGGUUAGCAGAGCCUGUAACCUGAAGCAUAUGUAACCUGAAGCAUAUGUAAUCUGAGGUACCACUGUAGCACCUUAGAGACCAACUACAGUCGUACCUCAGGUUGCGAACGUGAUCCAUGCGGGAGGCACGCUCGCAACUGCAGUAUUCGCAGCCUGAAGCACCACGUCUGCACACUCGCGUGACAUGAUUUGGUAUUUCUGCACAUGCGCGAGCGCCAAAACCCGGAAGUAACCCGUUCUGGUACUCCUGAAAACGCGCAACCCGCAAUGUUCGUAACCCGAGGUAUGACUGUAAGUUUGUUCUUGGUAUGAGCUUUCAUGUGCACAAAAGCUCAUACCAAGAACAAACUUAGUUGGUCUCUAAGGUGCUACUGGACAAUUUUUUUAUUUUUUAAGAUAUUUUAAAAAUACAGAUAAAACCACACAUAGCUUUUAAAAAGCAUGUAAUUAUUGUUGCUGUUAAAAAGCAAUUAAACUGUCAAAGGAAUUAAGGUAAUGUACUACUAAAAUUGGAUGCGGGUGGCGCUGUGGUUUAAACCACUGAGCCUCUUGGGCUUGUCGAUCGGAAGGUCGGCGGUUUGAAUCCCCACAACGGGGUGAGCUCCCAUUGCUCGGUCCCUGCUCCUGCCAACCUAGCAGUUCGAAAGCACGCCAAAAAGUGCAAGUAGAUAAAAAGGUACCACUCUGGCGGGAAGGUAAAUGGCAUUUCCGUGCGCUGCUCUGAUUUUGCCGGAAGCGGCUUAGUCAUGCUGGCCACAUGACCCGGAAAAACUGUCUGCGGACAAACGUCGGCUCCCUUGGCCUGUAAAGUGAGAUGAGUGCCGCAACCCCAGAGUCAUUCGUGACUGGACUUAACUGUCCAGUCCAGUUUACUACUAAAAUUAUGAUUAGUUAUGGGAUUUGUAUAACGCAUUUUUAUAAUAAUAAGAAUUGUGGAUAAUACAUAGUAAUCAAUCAUCAUCCUAUACUGAAAUGCAGACUGUUAAGUUGUGGGUGAACAUAUCAGACGACACAGCAAUUCUUCAAACAGCUCUUGUUUAUUCACAGGCCAGAACAGAACUGAACUGAAGGGUUCAGCCAGCCUGCUUAUAUAGAGCUCCACUAGAACGCAACAGUAACCAUUUUCUGUAACUAUCCAAUCACUGAACGUCACUUUCGAUCCCUUAUUUGCAUAUGUGGACCUGAACUAUCUACAGUAUCCCCCUGCUGGCCCAGGGUGAGAACUUCAGUACAUAACACAGACACUAAACCAAAAACAAAGGAACGGCACACUAUUAUCCCUUCCCUUAAAAGCAAUCAGUUCCCCACAGAGUUAAAAUAACUAUUCAUCUGUCAGUGGAAGGACAAUGAAGAAGCCAGUCUAGCUUCUCUAGGAAGCGAGAUCCAAAACCUGGGAGCAGCCAUCACUAAGAAGGCCCUGUUGCGCAUCCCUAGCAAGAUGUGCCUUUGAAGGUGGCAGGCUUCAUGUCUUCGCUGUGAUUCUUAUUUUGGCUUCGGGCAACGUGUCAAAUAUGGAGGGCAGUUUCUGUUGAGCUUAGUGACAGUGACUUCCUGUUUAGAAGCUUAGUGCCUCUGCCAGUUAUGCUACCCAAGUCUCUUUUCAAUAGUCCACCUUGGCCGAAUUUUCCCUUUGCUAAGCAAAGCCAGCCCUGGCUGCUUUUACAGAAGAAAGAAGUCGAGAACAGAAUAUGGUGAACCAGCGCAGGAUAAAGCGCCAUUGCUGUCUUAAGGGUUUUUCAUAUGGUGGCUUUAAAAUUAACUUAUCCCUGCUGGGAUUUGCCAUUCUUGUAAAAAGAAUGACAGCGCUGGCUUACAUUUACAUUGUGCAACUAGGAGCACAUUUCUGUGCAUGGCUAUUCUGAAAUAAGUUCAAUUGGGCUUGCUCUCAUAUAAGUACAGGCCCCCAAACCCCUUAACUGUUCUGGUGAAUGCAGGCUGGCAUCAAAAUUAAAAGAAUUAUUAAUUAUUUGUUGCUAUCUUUCACCCUUGUAGUAAUACAAGGCUGAAAUUCAUCUUGAUUUCUUGAAGUCUCAUCUCCUUUGAGCACCACAGUACAAAACGAGACGAGACUCCUGCGAUAUUUUGCAAGGAAAUGUCACACUAGAUCUGUUGAUGACCGGGCCGGUUUUGUGUCAGACGUUCCAGUCCAGCUUUAUUUUCCAAGACAAACGUAGCACUUGGCCUUUAAAUUACCCAUCUGUCCGACAAAUCAAGUGGUGUGGCAGGAACUGGCAAUAGUUUGACGUUGCCCAUCAGUUUAAUUGAAGUGAAAGUAAUGCAAAGUGAUCAUCCUACAGGAUUCGCUUUGAUUAUGGACUGUGAAUAUAUUUGGUGCAGCGAAGGAGGCAGAAAGCAAAAGCUAGCGUCAGGCAGCAGUGCUUCUAAGCUUUGAAAUAAUAAUAAUCCAGGCAUUAGCAAAGAUUAAGAAGCAUCUUGUUAAUCACAGAGCAAUCGGUAACACGACUGAUGUGUCUUUGUCUCUGCCUUUUAAAAUGGAAUCCCUCACACACACCCCUCUCUUACACAUGUGCUGUAACCCGGUACGAUCCAUUCCAUUAGAGCAGGCAUAGGCAAACUCGGCUCUCCAGAUGUUUUGGGACUACAAUUCCCAUCAUCCCUGACCACUAGUCCUGUUAGCUAGGGAUCAUGGGAAUUUUAGUCCCAAAACAUCUGGAGGGCCGAGUUUGCCUAGGCAAAACAGUUGGAGUAUUAUUUCAUUGUGGAGUUAAGAGUUUUAAGUAAAAAUGAAAUGGGUGUGAUUCCGCCCCACUCCAUCCCAUGUAGCAUUAACCGAGUUAAUUCUCAAAAGUAAAAAGUGCUCCUGUUUUGAGGUCAGGUGGCUGAGACAGAAUGGCCGCUUGGUGGAUUUCAGAUUACCAUACACCACAAGCCUGCAGACCCAGAAAACAUCAGGCGUACCUGGAGCCCGGAUACCACACUAGCCUCUGGGGUUAUUUUGACUUGUGGGAGCAGUUUCAACAGCUACCAGCCAAGAGCCACAGGUUCAUAGCAGCAUGUUUCUGCCUGAAAGCCACCGCAGCUGCUCAGCCAUUCAGAAGUAAUGGACUAUGUAAAACACAGGCUUCAUAGUUACUUAGGGUUUGCCAGGGUUUGGCAGAUGACUUGUGGAUCCUACCCUGUAUGUUGGCAACGGCAUAUCUGCCAUAAAGGCCUCGCGGUGCCAAAUUAACAGGUCUAUGAGACAUGAGCCUAAUCUUUUGAUUAGGCUGUUAGUUGCGGAUGUGGCUCCCCCUGGAUUCAUAUAUCCCAAGGAAAGGGGCAAGUAGUUAGCACUGUGUGUUGGUAGUGCUGUAUUGAUGAUUAACCAAUUAAUUGAUUACAGUGGUACCUUAGUUCUCAGACGCCUUAGUACUCAAACAACUUGGAACCCAAACACUGCAAACCCAGAAGUAAGUGUUCCGGUUUUCGAACAUUUUUUGGAAGCUGAACGUGCUCUGAUUUGAGUGCCACACUUCCGUUUUGAGUGUUACGCUGAGGUCUGUCUGUUUUUGCUAUUUAUUCUUUAUUUAUUUUUGCUCUUUUGUUUUUGUGACUGUGACUGUGUGAAACCCAGUUCAGCUACUGAUUGAUUGAUUGAUUGAUUGAUUGUGUGACUUCAAUACAUUGUAUAUUGCUUUCAUUUUGUGGAUCAGUGGUCUCAUUAGAUAGUAAAAUCCAUGUUAAACUGCUGUUUUAGGGGUUGUUUUUAAAAGUCUGGAACAGAUCAAUCCAUUUUGCAUUACUUUCUGUGGGAAAACACGCCUUGGCUUUGGAACGCUUUGGUUUUGGAACCGGCUUCCAGAACGGAUUAAGGUUGAAAACCAAGGUAUUACUAAAAAAUAGCAGAAAGAAUGAUGUCAGUACUUGGAAAGAAUAACCUUCCCUUUGUUUGCCUCUACAGGGACGAUGCAUAAAUUUCACCAGAGUGAAAUCAGAUGGGACAGUCAUCUCGUACAGCGCACCUCAGCAGCCAAGAGAACACCACACCCUCAACAAUGCUCCAAGAAGCCCAUCUUCUCCAGCGCCAAUGCAACCCCCUCCCUGCAGGCAACUUCCUCCUGCGCCUCCCCCUUCGAGAUGUCCACCAGGGCCCCCGCCAUCGCGUCCUCCGCCUCAGCUUCUGGCUUGAAGCGUGGGGAACCGAGAUGGGAGCAGAGCAUCUCCAGUCUUCGUUUAUAAUCAAGAGUUUGUUGCUGGUCAGCAAAAAAGCAGAACAAAAUGCCAGGCGUCCUUUUGUACUGUCGAGUAUAUUUAUGCCACACGUGCCAUAUAAACAUUCAAUGAUUGAAUCUUGGGAACUGCUGGGUAUUUGACAAAAGAACAAUAUCCAGGCAGCGAGUGAUAAUAGAUUAUGCAUUAAUGGUUCACACACACAUACCCUCGUUAUGUUUUAUAAGUCGUUAGCCAGAUGGAAAUAGCCUGCGCUGAUGAAUGGGGUUAGGUUUCCCCGCAAAUAAUUUUGCCAUCCAUAAUAGUAAUGCUAGGAAGGGUCCGAUUAAGUGGAAGCUAAAUUCUGUAAAUUUCCCCCUCCCCCCCCAUUGUCUCAGGUUCUUUCAAUGCCGCUGGGAAGGUCCUGCUAAUUUUAAGCCGACUAAAGUAACGACUUCAUAUUGCGGCGGUGUCUUAAACAUUUGCUCAUUUUGGAUUCAGGAAGCUUCCCAAGUCUCCCAUUUCUUUGCACCUCACAGUUGAUGGGGCAGCAACUACCAGGCAGCAACUCUUGCAGGGUACGAGGGGGGGUCAUUUUGCACAUAAACCAACUUCUGUUGGACUUCCGCUGUAUUAUGCAUUGCAUCCUUUGCCGAUGGGCGCCAGUCUUCUGAUAAAUUCAGCUGGGCGUCUCCUUUCCAAUAUAGUAUCGUUCCUGUUUUUUAUUCACUGAUAAAACUGUUCUGCUUCCAUACAUAGAAAAAAAAGAUAGAUGUGGAAGAGAUGGUACACCUUCUACUUUACUGCUGGACAGUCAAAAUAACUUAUUAAAUAGUGCUGCAGGCAAAUGUGCGUCAAAGGCGCCACACAAUUAUCAGUUCAGGUGCGAUCAUGCUGCAUGUGCUGUUAUCAAAUGACUCUCCAGCUUUGAGCUGGGCUAGGGGGGGAAACAUUGGUACUUUUUCUGCGUUUUUAAGAGCUUCAUCCAAUUGCAUCAUGCAAAUCUAUGCAAAGUAUUAAUAGCACCAAGAGGGCCAGGGAUUUGUGCACGCGCAACAAAACUGUAAAAGAUACAGCGAUAACAAAAUAAAUUAAAAGAGGAGGAUUAUACAGAUGGCCUUUUUUAAAAAAGGCAUACACGUUGCAGUUGUGGGCUGGUGAGGGGGUUUGAGAAAGUAAAAAGACGGCGUUUGGCUGUGUAGCGUCUUGAGAAUUUAAAUAGGGUAUGUAUCAGAGCAGGUCAUUGAAUGCUGUCCACUGGUCCAUCUUGUAAACAACUUUCUGUAAGUAACGAAGUGCUUCCAAUGUUAUACUUGUGUAAGAUUUGUGCAUUGUGCACAUCUCGUUAGCAACAUCUGCAAGGGUAAGUAUGUGGCGAUGAAAGCUAUGUAGCAAAAAAUAUUUCAUAAUCCAAACUUUUAUGUAGUUCUCAUGGAUUUUAAAAUAGCAAUAAAACUGCUAAAUUAGCUACAGAUUGUCUUGGUGAAUUAAGAAAAAGAUAAUUCUGACUUUCUACCUGC